AUGGAAUUUGAAGGAGGUGGGAAAAAGAGGAAGAAGGAGGAAGAUGAGGAUAAAAAGCCUUAUCCAAAAAUGAAAAAAGAAAGUCAUAGACAUGAUCGGCAGAGAGGUCGGUCAAGACACCGGAGCUGUAAGAGCCGAAAUGAAAGAGUGGAGGAGAGCCGAAAGAGGCACAGAAAUUAUAAAAAGGAAGAGGACAAAAUACGUAAAAAGAGAAAGAUGAUUGGAUUUGGUACAGAGCAGGGAGAGAGUAAAAGAGGAGAAAAACGUAAAAGGGAGAAUGAAGAGAAGUGUGCCCUGUCACCGUCUGACUUUACUUACAGACGGGAGCUUGGCAGAGGAUCCUUUGGGAAGGUGAGUUGCAAGUAUCGCUUCUACAGAAAUACAGUGUUUUUAUUAUUGUUGGUGUUGAUUUAUGUGAAUAAUAGAAAGUGAUAUCUCCUAAAAACACCAAAGAGAAGAAGCAGGAACCCAACACUACAAAGAAAUGAAAAAGUGGUAUAAAUACAGCAAACAAUAUUCCUUUUGUCAUUUCUACGGGUACAGGGAACUGGAAUACGGAAGAAGAUAUACAGGAAUAUUGUCAAAUGAUGUUAGUUUAGAACAGUAGAUAACGUUAUAAUGUACGUACAUAUUGGAAGCCAUGAAUGCACCAUACACAAACCUUAUUGAUUAUGAUUUCUUUGAUCAGUUAGUUCAUACUGCAUAUAUAGUAAAACAAUGAAAUAGGUGUUUCAUAAACUCAAACUUUUAUUAGCAAGAGCUGUCAGAAAACAUACACGCGACUUAAAUAUCAAUGUAAUUAAUGUAAUGGGAAAAUAAUCCAAGCAAUUCCCUCUUUAACAUAUAAUCACAUAUAUACAAAUCUGACUGUAACUGAGAGACAGUUCAAUUAUUCAUUCAUAAAAUCAGAAUAUUGUGGACAGGAGGAUCGUUUUUCAGCCAUGUUGCAGACAAAUUAAUGGUAUCUCUUCUCCCUGCCUAUAACAGGUAAUGCUGGCAACGGUCGGAAACAAGAGCGCAAGAGUGGCCGUGAAAGUCAUCAAGAAAACGCGGAUGACGGCAGAAAGGAUUCUCGAAGAGAGGAAUGUCCUGAAGGCGGCAGGUGAAUGCCCCUUCCUCUGCCCUGGAUUAGCUGCCUUUCAGACACCGGUACGGCAUUUUAUGUCUGUAGCUCUGAAGCCCUGUCCACUAAUUUGUUGAAAUAAAUUUGUCUGUCAUCUCUGCUGUCAGCCAUUUGGCCAAUAAUCUGUUUGAGAUGUCUGCAGGGUAAGGUUCCAUGUGUUUAUAAUGAUUUUUGUUUAUGUGUCCUGAACCAGGCCCACGCGUUCUUCGUUAUGCCACAUGUGAGUGGAGGCAACCUGAGCAUUAUUCUCAAGAAGGAACCCUGCCUCGAUCGCCACAAAGUAAAGUAAAUAACAUAGCGACAUGAACAGUCCACAUCCUUUAUCUAGAACUAAAACCAUAUCCCACAAUUCAUAACAACCAACAUACACAUAUCUAGAUAUACCUUAUCUUUCAUAUUGAAACUGUUUCUCCUUUCCCACCAGAUUUAUGUCAGCAGAAAUGGUCUGUGGCAUCCAAUUUCUCCACAGACAUGGCAUUAUUCAUCGGUAUGAGAUUCCAUUUCUGUCUGUUCUCUCUUUGCUUUGUUCUCUAUCUGAGUGCUACUCAAAGAGCGCCUUCCUUACUCUCUACUUAUAUUUAACCUCGGCUCACUCUCCCCUGGUCGAUUCCAUUAUCUCGGUAUAUUAGCUCCUCUUCCUCUUUCCCCUGUUUUGCUUUCAAUUUUUGCUUUACUCGCUGUAACUUUAAGUUCAGAAAUGUUUUAAAUGUAUUGAUCUGCAAUUUCAGAGACCUAAAGCCGAGUAAUAUAUUGUUUGAGAGAGAUGGCCAUGUUAGAAUUGCCGAUUUUGGACUGGCGGCUACUAAUAUAUUUACAGGAGACAAUACCACGGGUGUGACUGGGACUCUGCCCUACAUGGCCCCUGAGGUGAGUUAGAAUCUAUUUCUACAGAUGUUUUGUAUAUUUUCCUAUGAUAUGUAAAGUUACUUCUCUUUAAACAUAUAUAUUAUCUAAGAAUGAAAUGUUUUAUGAAACUACCUGUAGUUAAACGAUUGUCUAGUAUCCUGAACUAUUCUAUUUUUUAUUAGGAAAUAGACGAGAAAAUUAACUUUGUAUUUCAUAAUACGUUGUUUUACAGGUGCUUUUAAACCAGGCGUACGGCCCAGCAGUGGACUGGUGGUCACUUGGCACAAUUGCUUUUAAGAUGCUGAGUGGAAGGCACCCAUUUUACACCAGUCAGGACCCAAAACUUUACCGUGACUGCCUAAACACAAAGGAGCCCAGUUACCCACAUUCGUUUUCUGGAGUAACACAAGACUUCUUGUCUGAGGUGGGUGUCAGCAACACUUAUUUAUAAGCUUUAAAGAACUGUUCUAAUGGGAAUGCUGGAAGAUAUGUAUCUAAGAAAACAUUUAGGAAAUAUGUUUAAGGAUGUCGUAUGAUGCAAAUGAUGCAGGUAUGUUCGGAUGCAUAGUUUAAUGGCAAUCAAGUAAUCCCUCUCCUGCUAAAUCUUGUCAGUAAAAUUAAUUUAAAAUCUAUAAUAGAAUCUAAAAAUGAUAUAAUUAUGGCUUAAGUUGUUUAAAUGAUAGUGACAUUAAAUACAUUUAUCAUUCUAGCUCCUCACAAAAGAGCCAAAAUUGCGCCUUGGGGUAUAUGGUGACAUCAGGGCCCAUCCAUUCUACAGCGGGGUAGAUUGGAAGAACGUGGAGGCCGAAAACAUUCAUCCUCCAUACCAGCCAAUGGUGGUAAGUAUAUACAAGUUACAUCAGCUCAUAUUGAAUUACCAAAUGCUGUAGAACAUCUAACACUCUCACUCAUAGGGAACAAUGGUAAUUUAUGGCUUUAUUAGAAAAUGUAGAAAACCGAUUGGGAUAUGUUAAAUGAGAUAGAUAAUUAUCUACAAUAUAUAAUUGUUAAAUUAAAAAAUAAAAAUAUAUGAUGAGGUGGUACAUUACCCUCCUUCGGCUAAAACAAAUGGGGAGAAAAUGUGGAACUGCACUCAGACCCUUCGUCUAAGGUAUCCGUGGGUGCUAACUGGAUCAGUCUCGGUACCAAGAGACCAAAUAAGUAGGAGAAAUGUAUAAAGUAAUCCAGGCACUCAAAAGUAUCCAAAAAAUAAAUUUUUUAUUGAACCCACGAUCCAAAAAGCAACGUUUUGACCCUAAGGCCUUUGUCUAGUGAUGUCCCAAACGGUUCGCCACGGACGGCGAACAUAAACAUAAACUUUGACCCUGUACCUCACAGUCAGCAGACACAUUCCAGCCAAUCAGCAGCAGACCCUCCCUCCCAGACCCUCCCACCUCCUGGACAGCUCACUAAGAAUGCAGCUCCACAAUGAAUGUAAAAUGGAUGCUGUCCAGGAGGUGGGAGGGUCUGGGAGGGAGGGUCUGCUGCUGAUUGGCUGGAAUGUGUCUGCUGACUGUGAGGCACAGGGUCAAAGUUUAUGUUUAUGUUCGCCGUCCGCGGCGAACCGUUCGGGACAUCACUACCUUUGUCUAGCUUGACAAAGACCUUAGGGUCGAAACUUUGUUUUUUGGAUCAUGGGUUCAAUAAAAAUUGCCUUUUUUGGAUACUUUGGAGUGCCUGGAUUACUUUCUACAUUUCUAAAACAAACGGGGAGGACAGAAUCAGACCGAUGUUGAAACGGGUGUGGGAACAAGGGCACAUAUAUCCACCUUUGGUGGGAAUGUGACAAUAUCACGCAAAUCUGGCUUCAAGUAUCACAAAUGACAUCAAUCAAACAUAAAGUGAACAAUGCUAGGAAGAUGGACAACCUCUCCCCACUCAUACAUGACACCACAAAACACUAUAAUAAGAUCUGGGAACCUUCGCUAUUCGAAUUUCCACCCGUAACCUAAAUGGACCUUUAUGGGGACACCGGACUGGGGCUGACAAUGGAGGGGCACAAACCCGACCUCUCACUCUACCUCUUAUCACACACUGACUUCACUCCCUUCCUCCACACAAUAUUUCCUUUCCAUAUUCCUUUUUUUCUCUCUCUCUCUCUCUCUCUCUAUUCUCCUCCUUUCCCUCCCUCCCCUCCCCUACCCUCCCGUCCUCCUUAUCUCUCAUCCCUUUUCUAGCUGUCUUGCUUUCUUACCCCUCCCUUUCAAACCCAAUGAGAGGGGCACUUCACUAACAAAUGAGGGUAAACCCUAGUCUACCAUUAGCUGCAGAGCAUUAACAACUCUCUCUAACCUCAAUGACUCCAUACCGCGCCAAGAUACAAAACACUUAAACAUACAAACCAACGAACACACAAACACCCCCUGGGCUUGCAAUGACACUUCAAAGUCAACAAUCCUUGUGGCUUCUACCCAUGUACUUUCCCAAACCACACAAUCCUGCAAAACAGGAGGUUUCUCUGCCACCAUACAGGAACUAUGAGUAUCACCACUUUGUCAACAAGGCUGAAGUACCUCGCACCUCCUCUGUAGCAGACUAUAUUACUAAAUGUAUAAAUGCUAAUUGUUGUACCCUGUUAUUACCCGACUGUAACAAUGUGAUCAAAACCCUUAACGUCUUUUCUUCAUUCUGUAAUUCCCUUCCAUGCAAACUAAAAUUCAAAAAAAUCAACAUAAAUAAAGAAUUUAUUUUAAAAAUUAAUAUAAAAAAAUAUACACAUGGAAAAAAAAGAAACAUGAUGAGAAAUUAGAAGGGAAGAGGUAGUGAUGGUUUGUUCAGUACACAAGACUAUCUACUCUUAUCUUAUCAAUCCUUGACAAUUAGUUAACCUCAAAAGCAAGUAUUAAACAUGAUCCUUCAAGAAGGUGAUAAGAAUUAUAUCCACUGUCCACACAUGCUGUGGACAUCAUCAGUUUAGGAAUGAUUGUCAGAAAUUAAAAACUUAAAACAUUUAAAAAUCAAAACAGAUAGAUAGACACAUACUGACAUACAUACAAACAUACACAGACAGAUACACACACACACACACACACAGACAUACAUACUGACAUACUGAAAUACAUACAUACAAACACACUGACAUACAUACACACACAUACAUACUAAAAUACAUACAUACACACAGACAUAAAGAUAGACACAUACUGACAUACAUACACACAGACAUACAUACAAACACAUAUAUACAUACUGACAUGCAUACAUACAGACACAUACUGACAUACACACACAAACACAUACUAACAUACACUCAUACACACAGACAGAUACAUACACACACAGGCAUACAUACUGACAUUCUGAAAUACAUACAUACAUACACAUACAUAAAGACAUGCAUACAUACUGAAAUAUAUACACACAUACUGACAUACAUACACACAGACAUACAUACACACAGACAGACAUACAAACACAUACAUACACACACACAUACUGAAAUACAUACACAGUGACAGACAUACAUACAAACACAUACUGACAUACAUACACACAGACAGACAUACAUACAGAUACAUACACAUACUGACAUACAUGCAUACAUACAUACAUACUGACAUACAUACACACACAGCUAAUUUUUCUUACUUUGUUUUGCAGGAGGGUGGCUGUGGCUGAUGGGAGUCAGCGUGGCUCUUCUGUCCUCGCGGCCUGUCUUUCUUCCCUCCCGCACGGAGGGAGCUGGGAGGAAGUGACGGCCACUUCCUCCCAGCACUACUUUGCAGCUGCAAAUAUUUAAAUAUUUCCUGCCACUAUAGUGCUCCUUUAAUUAUAAAUGAACAGAAUUAGUGUGGUAAUCAUUUCAGGCUUAUGUUGAAAAAGUGAUCUAUUUUUAUUUAAAUGUUAUAUACUUACAUUUUUAUUGACAUCAUUGAUAAUUAUUUAAAACAUGUGAUAUGAAUGUAAUGUGCCAUUACAUGUUACUGAAAUAAGAGACCCUUCCAUCUUUUUACAGGAGUCAUAUGGCGACCUAACAUCUGAGUGCCGGGAGGAGUCCCUCUCAUUUCUGAAUGAUAGUAACACAUCAGAAUACACCGAGGACAUCCCUGGCUUAUCUUUCACUAGCCACAAAUGGAGGGACUAAGCUAUCGAAGCAGAAAGACGAUAUCUCCUGCUGUAUUCCAUCAGAUUAGCUUCUCUUGCUGCAUUUCAUCACAGCAGCUUCUCGUUGUAUUCCAUCAAUGCAAACAUUGUCUUCUGCUUCAUUCUAUCUGUAAGAACUUCUUCUGAUGGUUAACUGAUCAUUGAGACCCUAUUUUCUCUAAUUAUUAAACAUGUAGAUACAUACUGAAAAAUGUAAUAUUCUGUUUUCUUUUCAUUCCACGAACUACCUCCAGUUUUUUCUAGAAAGGGCAGUACAUUGUAUAGGGCCCCACAAACGUCCCCCCAUCCAAUUCUCUUGUUACACUCAUGGAUGAUAAGGUUAAGUUCCCAAAUAGAGGCACCUAUGUGCCACUCAAAGUCUGGGUGACAGAUUUUCCCCUCCAAGAUAUGGCACAGAACUGGGGAAGCUCCCCUUUACCCUCAUUCCCCUACCGUGUACCAUUCCCUGGGUAUGGUAGCCAAUACUAGAGUGGGAAAAUAUGCUAGUGGUGUGUCCUCUGGGAAAUCUAUCCCUAUACCUCAUAGGGAGCAACGAGGAUCAGUGCCAGGCAAGAGAGCUAUUGUUUUGCCUUUAGGGAACACUAGGAGUUUGAAUGGGUUUCACCAUGUAAACUGUACUUAUUGAACUCGAAGAAUAUUGGAUAUUGGCUUACAUUCCAUUCUGUGUUGGAAGGUGGUUGGUGAGGGGUAUUGGAAAAUUAGUAGCUCCUUCCUGAAGUAUGUGAUUGGACCCUCUCUGCUUUUUCGGAUAAUCACUUCCUUGGUCUGAUAAUGAUGAAAGCGGAUGAUAAAGUCCCUCGGUGCCUCAGAAGGUGCUCCACAAGCCUGUAAAGCAUGAUGCACCCUAUCUACCUGCCAUGUCCAAUAAAUGUAUAUUACGAUUGUCGGAACUUUGUAAGUAGUCAUGCCUCGGGGGCCAUGGUACCAUCAGGGUUAUAUUGCAUUCCAAUUAUGUUCUUUGAUCCAUUAGAGGCUGUCUGUGAUGUGCAGCAACUUAUCCUUUAUUUUAAGUUACUUAACUGUAUAUAGUUACAAAGUUUUUAAAGGAGAUGCAUUGUGUACAGUGUAUAUUGAGACCAGGCCCCAGUAGUUAUCUACAUAUAUAACUCUCCUGGAGAGAAUGGAAUACAACACAAUAUACAUAACUUACUUCAAUAAAAAAACAAAGCAAAUUAAAGAAAAUUUAUGAAAUUACCAGACCGAGAAAAAACAGAGUGGCCUUCAUUUUCAACAGAUAUAAAAUCCCACACAUUUAGUCAUACUGGGUAUUAGAAAAUUAGGGUGGAUUAAGACUUGGUGGGGACAAAUCCCUGGUGGUCCUCUCCAUCCCCGAUGGAGACAAAAGCAGUUGUAAGAUACUUUGCUAGAUGUUCUCCAAAACAAUUCUAGAAAACCUGAUGGUUAUUUCAUCUCUCUUUCCCCAGACUAAUUUCGCAAGUAAUGUAUUACCACCAUUGGUAAACCCCAUGCACACAGAUCACAAGUUGUUAAAGCUCUAGGUAUCUAAAGCUGAAAGGUAAACCAGAUUUGAACAUAUUUAAAAGCACACGCCUCUGAAGUCUGACUGUUCAAUUUUCUGCCAUUUAGGAGUUAAAGGGACACUAUAGUAAUGAUUAUACUCACUAGAACAGGGGUAGACAACCUACGGCACUAGUGCCAUGCACGGCACUCGAGGUGUCUUUGUUCGGCACUCAAGGCUGCUAGAGCCAAACAGGCUCCUGCCUAUCAGGAGUCCCAGUAAAUCUUCAGCUAUCUGCUAAUACGAAGAGGUGGUGAAGGACAAGCCUCAAUGUAUGCAUUGCAGAACGUAGUGGAAGUGAUCUCAGAUCACUUCCUCCCAGCACUUGUGAAUGGGAAUCCACACAGUAGUAGAGCAGCCGGCAGCUCCUGUCCUUGACCUGUACUUGGCCAGCCUGGUCCCCACUGGAACCCAGGGAAGCUACCCACACUGCUAGAUAUACAUAGACCUACAGAAUAAGCCUUCCCUCAUUCAAAUAAUACCAACAGCCCACACACAAACACAGGGCCGCCAUCAGGGGGUGACAACCAUGAUGGAUGUAACGGGCCCGGCGGACCUGGGGGGCCCGGACUGCUUUGGCAGUCCAGGGCCCCACAAUUACUCUCUGCACAUAUAUAUAGCGAUGAUCGCUAUGUAUAUGUGCAGUGCAUGUGCAGCCGCGGGCCCCCGGCUCUCUGUACUUGCAGAGGGGGCCCAGUGGACUGCAAGUGUACUUACAAGCUCUUCCCUCUCUGUAACUCCCGCGAGACCCGCGGCCGUCAACACUCCACAAGGCACGCACACCGUGCUCGCGGGAGUUACAGAGAGGGGAGAGCUUGUAAGUACACUUGCAGUCCGCUGGGCCCCUUUUGCAAGUACAGUGAGCUGGGGGCCCCCACAAUGCCACCGGACCACCAGGGAUCAUGGUAUCUCCCCCCUCCCUGAACCAGGUAAGAAACAGGGAGAGGGGAAUAACAUUUUUGGAAUGCUCCAUUUACACUGCAUGCAUAAACUACACUAACACACACACUGCAAUCAUUACACUAACACACACACGGCAUUCACUACACUAACACACACACUGCAUUCACUACACUAACACACACUCUGCAUACACUACACUAACACACACACUGCAAUCAUUACACUAACACACACACUGCAUUCACUACACUAACACACACUGCAAUCAUUACACUAACACACUGCAAUCAUUACACUAACACACACUCUGCAUACGCUACGCUAACACACACACACUGCAUUCAUUACACUAACACACACACUGCAUUCACUACACCAACACACACACUGCAUUCAUUACACUAACACACACACUGCAUUAAUUACACUAACACACACACUGCAUACACUACACUAACACACACACUGCAAUCAUUACACUAACACACACUCUGCAUACACUACACUAACACACACUGCAAUCAUUACACUAACACACACACUGCAAUCAUUACACUAACACACACACUGCAUUCACUACACACUAACACUCUCUGCAUUCACUACACUAACACACACACUACAUUCACUACACUAACACACACUCUGCAUACACUACACUAACAUACACUGCAAUCAUUACACUAACACACACUCUGCAUACACUACACUAACACACACUGCAAUCAUUACACUAACACACACACUGCAAUCAUUACACUAACACACACACUGCAUUCACUACACACUAACACUCUCUGCAUUCACUACACUAACACACACACUACAUUCACUACACUAACACACACUCUGCAUACACUACACUAACACACUGCACAUUACACUAACACACACUCUGCAUACACUACACUAACACACACACUGCAUUCACUACACUAAAACACACACUGCAAUCACUACACUAACACACACUGCAAUCAUUACACUAACACACACUCUGCAUACAGUACACUAACACACACUCUGCAUACACUACACUAACACACACACACUCUGCAUCCACUACACUGACACACACUCUGCAUUCAUUACACUAACACACACUCUGCAUACACUACACUGACACACACUCUGCAUACACUACACUGACACACACUCUGCAUUAAAGGGCCACUAUAAGCACCCAGACCACUUCAGCUUAAUGAAGUGGUCUGGGUGCCAGGUCUAGCUAGGGUUAACCCUUUUUUUAAUAAACAUAGCGGUUUCAGAGAAACUGCUAUGUUUAUGUUAGGGUUAAUCCAGCCUCCAGUGGCUGUCUCUUGACAGCUGCUAGAGGCGCUUGCGUGCAUCUCACUGUGAAAAUCAUUCACAAUGCUCUCCUAUGGACUGGCUGAAUGCGCGCGCAGCUCCUGCCGCGCAUGCGCCUUCAGCCGAAGAGGAGGAGAAGAGGGAGGAGAGGAGGAGGAGAGCUCCCCGCCCGGCGCUGGAGAAAGAGGUAAGUUUAUCCCCUUCCUCUCCAUCCAGCCCGGCGUGAGGGGGACCCUAAUGUGGGGGCACCCUCAGGGCACUAUAGUGCCAGGAAAACGAGUAUGUUUUCCUGGCACUAUAGUGGUCCUUUAACUAUACACACAGCAUCCACUACACAAACAUCCUGUAUUCACAGUACACACACUACAUCCACCACACAUUCAAACACUCUGCAUUCACUAUACAGAGACACUGCAUCUAAUACACACACUACAUUCACUACAGACACUGCAUCCACUAAACACAUUGCAUCUGGUACACACAAACACUACAUCCACUACACAAACACACACUACAUCCACUACUCAAACACACUCUGCGUUCACUAUACACACUGCAUCCGCUACAAAAAACACACACUCUGCAUUCACUGCACAAACAGUAUCUAAUACACACAAACACUACAUCCAUUACACACAUUCUAAUUCACUAUACACACCACAUUCAGUCCUGCAUCAUUUGCAGCAGACUAGGUAAGAGUCCUGUGGGCGGACUCGUGGGCGGGCAGGGGGGCCCAGACCUUGUGCUGUGUCAGGGGCCCCAAAAUUUCUGGUGGCGGCCCAGCACAAACAUACACACAAUCCCCACAAACGUAACCCGCUAACAAUCCACUUACAUGCACACAACCCCACAUGCAGCUUCUUACUUGCAAUACCCCAAACAGCCACACACAUACACACACUACCAAACACACAAUGUGACAUAUCCAUCCACACACACAAUUCCACAAGCAGCCCUCAUACACAGCCCACAUUCAUAGGUAUCAUACACAAUACCAUAAACUACUCAUGAACAUAUACAAUAUAAAAGCUCAUAUGUGCACAAAUACAACGAUACAAAGCAAUUACAGUAUAAAUAACACAAGCAGAAUACGGAAGCAUACACACAUCAAUUUAAAAAAAUAGGACCGGCAUGCUACGGGACAUCACCAUCCUAUAUCGGCACAGUGCUGCUAAAAGGUUGCCUACCCCUACACUAGAACAACUACAUUAUUCUGUAGUUGUUUUGGUGAGUAUAAUCAUUACCUUCAGGCAUUUUCAUGCAAACACUGGUGUUUCAGAGAAAAGGCAGUGUUUACAUUGCCCCCUAGGGACACCUCCAGUAGCCACUCAUCAAAUGACCACUGGAGGUGCUUCCUGGGGCAGUGCCGCUCAGUAGGCAGCACUGCCAUUCAGCGUCUCAUCUCUCUGCAUGAAGACGCUGAAUUUUCCUCAUAGAGAUGCAUUGAUUCAACGUAUCUCUAUGAGGAGGUGCUGAUUGGCUAUGAAAAAGCAUUGGAUUGGCUAAAAAUGGUAAAUUAUGAUGCUGUCACCAAGAAGGCGGAUCAGGGCAGGCCACCUAAAUGGUGGUGUUAACACUAUAGGGUCAGGAAUACAGGUUUGUGUUCCUUUAAAUCACUUUUGUUACUAUUUAUUCAGCCCUAGUCACACGUCCCCUGCCUAUGACUCACACAGUUUGCAUUAAAAAAAUAGUUUUAUUUUCAAACAGAUAUUAUCCCCAAGCCCCUAGUCACAGCAACCCCCCACCCCCCAAAUAAAAUAAAACCCUAUCUACCUCCCCUCACCCUAAAGUAGUAAGAGGGGAACAAUAAAACUAAAUACCUGUAACUAAAAAAAAAAUCAUACCAUUUGAUGUCUUCUUUUUUCUAAAACCUUCUUUUUCCAGCCCCCCAAAAUUGCAAAUUAAAAUCCACAAAGCCAGUCAAACCUAUAAAAUAAAAAAAGACCUUAGUGCAAAAAAAUUAAAUGCUAAAAAACAAUCCAUUUUCACCCAGCGAGGGCUCCGUGCAGACUGAGCUCCGCAGGGCAAGAAAAGGCUUAUAUAGCCCUACUGUCAUUUAGGGCCCCCACCCGCCGCUCAUGGGUGGGGGCCGGUGGACACACAAUAGGACCUCCUACCCAUUGUAACUUAGGGCCCCCAUCCAUCGCUCACGGUAGGGGUCGGGGAGGGACAGUAGGUCCCCACAUUAUCAUUUAGAGCCCCCACCCGCCCCUCACUGGUGGGGGCUGGGGAAGGGGGAGACAAUAAGGACACUAUGCCCCCCCAUAUUUUAAUAGAUGCCCCACCAUGGGCACAUUAUUAGAUUGGGGGGUCUUUUUUCUUUUGUACAUCAGUGAGCAGCCACUGGCAUGACAGUGCCGCUUUAAGAAAUGGUAAGAUACUUCUCCCACCAACUAGGUUACUUUCCUUUAAUUCUCUGCAGUAAAAUUAAAGAAUUUCACUAACUGUACUUUAAACUUCAAUAGAAACGGUUCUUCGUUAUCUGUAUAGCCCAUUUAAUAAAUAUGUGACACCCAACAGGCUGCACUCACCUAAACAUGCAUACUUUAUAAGGAUGAGGCUAGGACAGGGGCGGACUGAGCACUUGGGCACUCCAGUCAUGGACCGAAAGCCCAGGGCAGGCAGGGGACCGUCAGAAGCAGAGCAGUAUUGGGUCAGUUAGGGACAUCAGUAUAUCUUCAUAACUAGUCCACAACAAUACUAACUGAGUGCCAGUUACAGACAUCCCAGACUGCACAGUCUCUCAACCCAGGGAAGGCAGGGGACCGUCAGCAGCAGAGCAGUAUUGGGCCAGUUAGGGACAUCAGUAUAUCUUCAUAACUAGUCCACAAUACUAACUGAGUGCCAGUUACAGACAUCCCAGACUGCACAGUCUCUAAGCCCGGGGCAGGCAGGGGACUGUCAGCAGCAGAGCAGUAUUGGGCCAGUUAGGGCAUCCCAGACUGCACAGUCUCUAAGCCCGGGGCAGGCAGGGGACCGUCAGCGGCAGAGCAGUAUUGGGCCAGUUAGGGCAUCCCAGACUGCACAGUCUCUAAGCCCGGGGCAGGCAGGGGACCGUCAGCGGCAGAGCAGUAUUGGGCCAGUUAGGGCAUCCCAGACUGCACAGUCUCUAAGCCCGGGGCAGGCAGGGGACCGUCAGCAGCAGAGCAGUAUUGGGCCAGUUAGGGCAUCCCAGACUGCACAGUCUCUAAGCCCGGGGCAGGCAGGGGACCGUCAGCGGCAGAGCAGUAUUGGGCCAGUUAGGGCAUCCCAGACUGCACUAUCUCUAAGCCCGGGGCAGGCAGGGGACCGUCAGCGGCAGAGCAGUAUUGGGCCAGUUAGGGCAUCCCAGACUGCAGUCUCUAAGCCCGGGGCAGGCAGGGGACCGUCAGCAGCAGAGCAGUAUUGGGCCAGUUAGGGCAUCCCAGACUGCACAGUCUCUAAGCCCGGGGCAGGCAGGGGACCGUCAGCGGCAGAGCAGUAUUGGGCCAGUUAGGGCAUCCCAGACUGCACAGUCUCUAAGCCCGGGGCAGGCAGGGGACCGUUAGUGGCAAAGCAGUAUUGGGCCAGUUAGGGCAGCCCAGACUGCACAGUCUCUAAGCCCGGGGCAGGUAGGGGACCGUCAGCGGCAGAGCAGUAUUGGGCCAGUUAGGGCAUCCCAGACUGCACAGUCUCUAAGCCCGGGGCAGGCAGGGGACUGUCAGCAGCAGAGCAGUAUUGGGCCAGUUAGGGACAUCAGUAUAUCUCCAUAACUAGUCCAUAACAAUACUAACUGAGUGCCAGUUACAGACAUCCCAGAUUGCACAGUCUCUAAGCCCGGGGCAGGCAGGGGACUGUCAGCAGCAGAGCAGUAUUGGGCCAGUUAGGGACAUCAGUAUAUCUCCAUAACUAGUCCAUAACAAUACUAACUGAGUGCCAGUUACAGACAUCCCAGAUUGCACAGUCUCUAAGCCCGGGGCAGGCAGGGGACCGUCAGCGGCAGAGCAGUAUUGGACCAGUUAGGGCAUCCCAGACUGCACAGUCUCUAAGCCCGGGGCAGGCAGGGGACCGUCAGCGGCAGAGCAGUAUUGGACCAGUUAGGGCAUCCCAGACUGCACAGUCUCUAAGCCCGGGCCAGUUAGGGCAUCCCAGACUGCACAGUCUCUAAGCCCGGGGCAGGCAGGGGACCGUCAGCGGCAGAGCAGUAUUGGGCCAGUUAGGGCAGCCCAGACUGCACAGUCUCUAAGCCCGGGGCAGGCAGGGGACCGUCAGCGGCAGAGCAGUAUUGGGCCAGUUAGGGCAUCCCAGACUGCACAGUCGGGGCAGGCAGGGGACCGUCAGCGGCAGAGCAGUAUUGGGCCAGUUAGGGCAUCCCAGACUGCACAGCCUCUCACACUGCUUGUCCUGCCAGGUGGUACUCAGUGCUCAGUACUGCAGGAACUUCCUGGGUGAGGGGCUCUGGCAGGAUCUGACAUCAGAUCCCCGAACACACACAGAGCAGCUCCUUCAGGGAUUGUCAGCAAUGUGUGCAGGGAGGAUGGAGGACAGUCAGCAGCACAUGGUCUGCGUGCACAAGGUAAACGCAAGGAAAGAGGGACAUGGGGAGAAAGACAUAAAUGGGGAUUAGGAAGGGAGACAUCAGUAGAGGCAGGAAAAAAGAGACAGACAGAGAGACACACACACCAGUGACAGCUACUAAAGAGAGAAAGAGAUAGAAGUCAGUUACUAAAUAGAGAGAGAAAGGGAGAGUUACUAGAGAGAGAGAAAGGGAUAGUUACUAAAUAGACAGAGAAAAGGAGUGUUACUAGAGAGAAAGGGAGAGUUACUAAAUAGACAGAGAAAAGGAGAGUUACUAGAGAGAAAGGGAGAGUUACUAAAUAGACAGAGAAAGGGAGAGUUACUAGAGAGAAAGGGAGAGUUACUAAAUAGACAGAGAAAGGGAGAGUUACUAGAGAGAAAGGGAGAGUUACUAAAUAGACAGAGAAAGGGAGAGUUACUAGAGAGAAAGGGAGAGUUACUAGAGAGAAAGGGAGAGUUACUAGAGAGAGAGAGAAAGGGAGAGUUACUAGAGAGAGAGAAAGGGAGAGUUACUAGAGAGAGAAAGGGAGAGUUACUAGAGAGAAAGGGAGAGUUACUAAAUAGACAGAGAAAGGGAGAGUUACUAGAGAGAAGGGGAGAGUUACUAGACAGAGAAAGGGAGAGUUACUAGAGAGAAAGGGAGAGUUACUAGAGAGAGAAAGGGAGAGUUACUAGAGAGAGAGAGAGAAAGGGAGAGUUACUAAAUAGACAGAGAAAGGGAGAGUUACUAGAGAGAGAAAGGGUGAGUUACUAGAGAGAGAGAGAGAAAGGGAGAGUUAUUAAAUAGAAAGAGAAAGGGAGAGUUACUAGAGAGAAAGGGAGAGUUACUAGACAGAGAAAGGGAGAGUUACUAGAGAGAAAGGGAGAGUUACUAGACAGAGAAAGGGAGAGUUACUAGAGAGAGAGAAAGGGAGAGUUACUAGAGAGAGAGAAAGGGAUAGUUACUAAAUAGACAGAGAAAAGGAGUGUUACUAGAGAGAAAGGGAGAGUUACUAAAUAGACAGAGAAAGGGAGAGUUACUAGAGAGAGAGAGAAAGGGAGAGUUACUAGAGAUAAAGGGAGAGUUACUAGAGAGAGAGAAAGGGAGAGUUACUAGAGAGAGAGAGAAAGGGAGAGUUACUAGUGAUAAAGGGAGAGUUACUAGAGAGAGAGAAAGGGAGAGUUACUAAAUAGAGAGAGAAAGGGAGAGUUACUAGAGAGAAAGGGGGAGUUACGAGAGAGAGAAAGGGAGAGUUACUAGAGAGAAAGGGAGAGUUAUGAGAGAGAAAGGGAGAGUUACUAGAGAGAGAGAAAGGGAGAGUUACUAGAGAGAGAGAGAAAGGGAGAGUUACUAGAGAGAGAGAGAAAGGGAGAGUUACUAGAGAGAAAGGGAGAGUUACUAGAGAGAGAGAAAGGAUUUCACUAGAGAGAAAGGAGAGUUACCAGAGACAGAGAGGGAGAUUACUCAGAGAGAAAAGGAGAGUUACUAGAGAGAGAGAGAAAGGGAGAGUUACUAGAGACAGAGAAAGGGAGAGUUACUAGAGAGAGAGAGAGAAAGGGAGAGUUACUAGAGAGAAAGGAAGAGUUACUAGAGAGAGAGAAAGGGAUUUACUAGAGAGAAAGGGAGAGUUACUAGAGACAGAGAAAGGGAGAGUUACUAGAGAGAGAGAGAGAAAGGGAGAGUUACUAGAGAGAAAGGAAGAGUUACUAGAGAGAGAGAAAGGGAUUUACUAGAGAGAAAGGGAGAGUUACUAGAGACAGAGAAAGGGAGAGUUACUAGAGAGAGAGAGAGAAAGGGAGAGUUACUAGAGAGAAAGGAAGAGUUACUAGAGAGAGAGAAAGGGAUUUACUAGAGAGAAAGGGAGAGUUACUAGAGACAGAGAAAGGGAGAGUUACUAGAGAGAGAGAGAGAAAGGGAGAGUUACUAGAGAGAAAGGAAGAGUUACUAGAGAGAGAGAAACGGAGAGUUACUAGAGGGAGAGAGAAAGGGAGAGUUACUAGAGAGAAAGGGAGAGUUACUAGAGAGAGAGAAAGGGAGAGUUACACUCUCACACAGUUACAGACAGAGAGACAAGUCAAAGCUUCUGGAAUAAAAGGGAAUCAUGAAAUGUCACACAUGUCACGUGUCCAUAAGGAGUUAAAGGCAUACUCUAAGCACAGCACUUUGUAGUGUCUGUGGAUCUUAGAUUAGCUCACCCUGAAUUCAUACACACUGUUUUACCUUACAAACACACUGCUACAUUAAGACACAUGCAACACACUAUUGUAUUCAAACCAGGUGACAUGCCUUACAUACACACCCCUUCAUUCACACACACUCCACAAUUACACACUAUUGUAUUCACACCAGGUGACAUGUCUUACAUACACACCCCUUCAUUCACACACUCCACAAUUACACACUAUUGUAUUCACACCAGGCGACAUGCCUUACAUACACACCCCUUCAUUCACACACACUCCACAAUCACACACUAUUGUAUUCACAUCAGGUGACAUGCCUUACAUACACACCCCUUCAUUCACACACACUCCACAAUUACACACUAUUGUAUUCACACACUUGGACUAUAUUUACACACUUUGACACUGUGCACAAAUACAUUUUUGCAUCCUGUCAUUUCACACAAAUACACUAUUGUAGUCACACCAGGUGACAUGCCUUACAUACACACCCCUUCAUUCACACACACUCCCCAUUUACACACUAUUGUCAUCACACCAGGUGACAUGUCUUACAUACACACCCCUUCAUUCACACACACUCCACAAUUACACACUAUUGUAUUCACACACUUGGACUAUAUUUACACACUUUGACACUGUGCACAAAUAAAUGUUUGCAUCCUGUCAUUUCACACAAAUACACUAUUGUAGUCACACCAGGUGACAUGCCUUACAUACACAACCCUUCAUUCACACACACUCCACAAUUACACACUAUCGUAUUCACACCAGGUGACAUGCCUUACAUACACACCCCUUCAUUCACACACACUCCAUAUUUACACACUAUUGUCAUCACACCAGGUGACAUGCAUUACAUACACACCCCUUUAUUCACACACACUCCACAAUUACACACUAUUGUAUUCACACACGUAUACUAUAUUUACACACUUUGACACUGUGCACAAAUACAUUUUUGCAUCCUUUCAUUUCACACUCACAAACCCAGACAUCAUACACUAAUAUAGCCGUACAUUCAGUCAAAGGUUAUAAAGCUUUCUAUAUAAACACAUCCAUUCACCAACUUGCUCUAUUUAAAAACAUUUUUGCAUUUGCACAUUCAAAUGCUUUUUUAAAUUUAAGUAUACUGGCAUUAGGUACAUGAAUGAGCACCUACACUUUGUAUGUACACACGCGUAAUUAUUCACUAUAGUGAGAAUUGUCAGGAAUUCAUAGUGAAUUUCAAAUUUACGGACAAAUUAAUUAGCCAAACUGGAAGUAUAGUCGAUUUAAAAAAAAAAUGUGUAGUUCUGCGAUUUUGGCCUUAAAUUUGAAAUUCACCUUGAAUUGCUGACAGGUCUCACUUAAGUGAAUAAUCCUGAUAUUUAAACAUGCAUUCAUAGACAUGCCUUCACACUGAACAUACACAAGCAAACACACACAGCACACCUUAUUGACUGAACUGGGAAUAGUAGAUAACUGACGUGAAUUUUGUAAGCCAAAAUUAGCAAUUUAAAAAAAAUCUACUGCUUGAGUGAUUAAAUGACCACUAUAGGCACCCAGACCACUUCAGCUUAAUGAAGUGGUCUGGGUGCCGGAUCCCUCUAGGGUUAACCCUGCAGCUGUAAACAUAGCAGUUUCAGAAAAACUGCUAUGUUUACAUUUGGGUUAAUCCAGCCUCUAGUGGCUGUCUCAGCGCUUCACAGUGAGAAGACGCCAGCGUUCAUAGGAAAGCAUUGAGAAUGGAGAAGCAGAGUCCCCAGCGCCCAGGGAUGAAUUUAACCCCUUCAGCCCCCUAGAGCCCAGCAGGAGUGGGACCCAGAGGGUGGGGGGGGACCUAAUAAUACUAUAGUGCUAGGAAAACGAGUUUGUUUUCCUGGCACUAUAGUGGUCAUUUAAGAUUCUUGUUUUGCUGCCUACAAUUUUUUUUUUUUUUUAGUUCUCUACUAUUUAUUGCUAAACACCUAUAUGAUUCAUUCACUAAACAGUUAUGUCACAAAAUCAAGGCUAAAAUAGACAAGAUGUGAAUGUAAAUGCAUGCAGGAACUGUCUAUACUCACCAGAUCAACUACAUUAAGCUGUAGUUGUUCUGGUGUCUAUAUAGUGUCCCUUUAAGUUUGUAUUAGACCACAAAGAAGUGAGUUAUUUACUAUAUACACUCCUCUCUCUAUCUUAUGAAGGAGACCAUUGUAUAAAGAGAAAGGGCUGCCCGCAUAAUAGGCAAACGAUUAGUAGCCCAAUAAUAUAAAAUAAGUUAUUAUUUGGAAGGGAGAGAGAGAUACACAUUUAGCAAUGUAAAGAACUUGAUCUUUGAGUUUCUCUCUACUGAAAAGUCCAAAAAGCUCCUCUCGGAAGAAGAAAUCGAAAGAAAUAAGAUAAAGGUUAUAAAAGAACACAAUAUAACCUAAUCGUUUUUAAGCAGUACGCUUGGGUUGCUUAUUUUCCGUUUUUUUUCUUUUUUUCUUUCUUGUCUCAUUAUAAUAAUGGCCACUAAAAGAAAUGUACAUUACUGUAUGAGUUUUCUCUGUUUUGUUUGCCUCCACCCUUUUAAAUUCAAAUCUGCUAUCACUAGAGCCGUGGGGCAUGGGCGGACUGAGCACUCGGGCUGCCAGACUGCACAGCCUCUUACCCUGCCACUGGUACACCAGGGAGGGCGGCAGUAAUUUCCUGUGUGAGGUGCUUUGGACAGGGUCUAACACUAGGGCCCCGCCCCCUGCAAACAGAGCCCCACCCUCUGUUCACGCAGAGCCCCACCACCUCCACACACUGAGCUCCGCACUCUCCACACACACACAGAGCCCCGCACCCUCCACACACACACACACUGAGCCCUGCACUCUACACACACACACGCAGAGCCCUGUAACCUCCACACACACACAGAGAGCAGCUCCUCCAGGGAUCAUGAGGAAGGAGGACAGACAGCAGCAUCCAGCCACCACGCACAAGGUAACAUGUAUAAGGUAUCUAUCCUCCUUUAUACACAAGUAUGUCCUGUAUAGGCCCUUACGAUCUGCUGAAGACUUACGUCUAUCUUCUGUCCGUACUCCCACCUCUGAUGCUCGCCUUCAAGAUUUCUCGAGGGCUGCACCGUUCCUGUGGAACUCGCUUCCCUCCUCCGUUAGAUGCUUACCCAGUCUCCACUCCUUCAAAAAAUCGUGAAAAACCCACUUCUUCAUAAAAGCGUAUCAAUUAAACUGUUAAUAGCUCCUGACUGAUUCCUCUUCUGCAACUGUCACUAGUCUAAUACUAUCCUUACUGUAACGGACCAUUUUGCACACAAAAGGUUAAAAACCGUUUAGGCGAUAUUCCCCUUUCAGCUGCACAGACAGCUACUGCGAUCACCAAUCUCCUGAACUGCAAACUACACAAAUUCUCCAACUCCCGAACAGGAAACACAUGAACACUGGAAACAGCCGAACAGGAAAAGCAUACAAUCAGCUUACACUCCUGGCAAUCCGCAUACAAUCCAAUUCCCCCAAUAACGAGACGACACUUCGUUUUGAGGUCAAGCAGAACUGACUGUACUGGCCACCCAGUAACUCCACAGUAUGUCCCCAGAUGGUUCUUAAAUGGCCAGCAGCAGCAUAAUAAAAUCAAGUAUGCCCACAUCAGUUUCUAGAAGGGCAAUACAUCCCAGGGCUAUAGUCGCAGGGCAGGAGGCUAGCAAACAGGCCCCUCCAAAAACCAGUGGCGAGGUUUCUUUCGCCACAUAUCUCCCCUUUGGGGGGAAGAGUAACCAGGUACCUGACCUUUUGUCGGUCAGCGCCUGAGUUAGUCUGACAACCCACCCACAACAGCAAAGUGCAAGAGCAGCCCACCCACAACAAACAGUUACUGCACCUAGGUAUUUCUCUGGGGUGAUGGGGCAACAGGCCAGCGGCGCUCUGCCCUGAUGCCAGCGCUUCUGCUGGGGUGAGGGGGGUGCAGGCCAGUCCUGUAACAAGGGGGUCGGUAGGGCAGGGGCCAGCGGCGCUCUGCCCUGAUGCCAGCUCUUCCGCUGGUAUAGCCUGCAGGACAUCAUGCUCUGGACAAGGGACAAAGGGAGGGCAGAGGCCAACUGCACUCUGCCCAGCUGCCAGCUCUUGUGCUGGGGUGCUUGGGACAUAGUCUGGCUCAGUAGCCAGGGGAACAUGGGGGUCAGUGGGGGUUAACAUCUCCUCUGUUAACCCUGGGGCCAAGUUAGGAGUUAGCUGGGGAGGGGAGAAUUGGCUUACCUCCUCCUCCUGAUACUCCUGCGAUGGUAGCUGGGGAUCUGGACAGGCUGUCCAGCAUCCCUGUGGGUCAGGCACAGAGACCACGGUCCCAUCUGCGCCGUCUGGAAGAUUGGUGUCUCCCCUUGGUAGGGAAAGCUGCUGCUGGGGAGAGAGGGUGCUGUGCUCCUCUCCCUGAAUCACAGGCUGCCGCUGGAGAGGGAGACCGACCGUCUCCACUCCCGUAACAUUGUCCUGCUGCUGGAGAAAGAGACCAACUGUCUCUGUUCCUUGUAGGACACACUGCUGCUGGGGGGGAAGGACAACAGCUUCGGCCCCCUGGAACUUACACUGCCGCUGGGGGGGAAGGACGACACCUUCGGCUUCCUGGAACUCACACUGCCGCUGGGGAGGAAGGACGGUACCUUCAGCUCCCUGUAACUCGCACUGCCGCUGGGGAGGAAAGACGGCACCUUCAGCUCCCUGUAACAUACACUGCCGCUGGGACGGAAGGAUGGCACCUUCAGCUCCCUGGGACUCACACUGCCGCUGGGGAGGAAGGACGGUACCUUCAGCUACCUGUAACUCGCACUGCCGCUGGGGAGGAAGGACGGCACCUUCAGCUCCCUGUAACACACACUGCCUCUGGGAAGAAAGGACGGCACCUUCAGCUCCCUGUAACUCACACUGCCGCUGGGGAGGAAGGACGGCACCUUCAGCUCCCUGUAACACACACUGCCGCUGGGGAGGAAGGACGGCACCUUCAGCUCCCUGUGACUCGUUCGGCCGCUGGGGUCUCUCCCCCCUGGCCAACUCUGCUAGGAAUUGCAGGUAUUCUCCUAUUAUUUUCUUGACGUGCUGUACGGAUCUCUCCGAGGGGUUGGAUCCAUAGACAGACAGCACCGCAUUAACCUCUCUGUCAAACUGCUCCUGAGUGUAGCCAGGCGCCAUGCUUGCUCUGCCGAAGUUGGUUCCUUUGUACAUAGGGGUGCUGUACGGGUACUAGCGUUGCCCCUCAAUUUGUAAUCCAGGAACUGGUGUUGUCUUGUAGCUGUUCUUCUGGGCUGUGGGAAUGAUCCCACUGCUGCCACCAAUUGUAACGGACCGUUUUGCACACAAGAGGUUAAAAACCAUUUAGGCGAUAUUCCCCUUUCAGCUGCACAGACAGCUACUGCGAUCACCAAUUUCCUGAACUGCAAACUACACAAAUUCUCCAACUCCCAAACAGGAAACACACGAACACUGGAAACAGCCGAACAGGAAAAGCAUACAAUCAGCUUACACUCCUGGCAAUCGGCAUACAAUCCAAUUUCCCCAAUAACGAGACGACACUUCGUUUUGAGGUCAAGCAGAACUGACUGUACUGGCCACCCAGUAACUCCACAGUAUGUCCCCAGAUGGUUCUUAAAUGGCCAGCAGCAGCAUAAUAAAAUCAAGUAUGCCGGGGGGGUGGCCUGGACGAGCAUGGAGCAGGACGCUUAGACACUGAGCUCCGCGUCCCCGGCCGACGACCAUAAGCCAUAAUAUCGCAUUACAGCUCACCUACCGCUGCAAAUGGUCCGCAAUAAGAAGCAGUCAAUCCCAGUGUAACAACAAGCCCAGUAUGCCUGCAAAAGACAAAUGGAUUAUACAGCCGUUCGGUAUUUUUGUAAGCAUUCACCAUGCGAAUGCUUACCUGCCUUAACAGGCCACCCUGACUGUUAAUUAUGGCCAAUUUACCUCCCUGGUUGAUGGGCAUUGUAUUCGAAUCAACCGCACAACGCUUCCACAGCUGCGCCAACGUCUCGCUUUUUAACUCUGCCGAACAGCUGGGCUCCUUUUGCCGAUGAAUGUCUGGAACUGCGGGUACGAGACUCCCUGGUACUAGCCUUGAUCACCCUACCCAAUUCAGGAAGGAGGACAUGGCCCUGGAAGUCACACUAGAGGAAGCAGCCUUGAAACUGGCUGUUAAGCUCUUGUCAGGCCUCAUGGACUGUUGGGUGCUGACACCCACUGCCGAUAUAGACCAAUACUCUUAUUUCUCCUUUUGUCACACAAGAGGUUACAGUAGGCGAUAUUCUCCCUUUCACGGCUGGCAGACAGAGCAGCUCAAACUGCUGAUCACCGAAUUUCCUGAACUGCAAACUACACAAAUUCUCCAACUCCCAAACAGGAAACACACGAACACUGGAAACAGCCGAACAGGAAAAGCAUACAAUCAGCUUACACUCCUGGCAAUCGGCAUACAAUCCAAUUUCCCCAAUAACGAGACGACACUUCGUUUUGAGGUCAAGCAGAACUGACUGUACUGGCCACCCAGUAACUCCACAGUAUGUCCCCAGAUGGUUCUUAAAUGGCCAGCAGCAGCAUAAUAAAAUCAAGUAUGCCGGGGGGGUGGCCUGGACGAGCAUGGAGCAGGACGCUUAGACACUGAGCUCCGCGUCCCCGGCCGACGACCAUAAGCCAUAAUAUCGCAUUACAGCUCACCUACCGCUGCAAAUGGUCCGCAAUAAGAAGCAGUCAAUCCCAGUGUAACAACAAGCCCAGUAUGCCUGCAAAAGACAAAUGGAUUAUACAGCCGUUCGGUAUUUUUGUAAGCAUUCACCAUGCGAAUGCUUACCUGCCUUAACAGGCCACCCUGACUGUUAAUUAUGGCCAAUUUACCUCCCUGGUUGAUGGGCAUUGUAUUCGAAUCAACCGCACUAACGCUAUGGGAACUGUAAGCUCAGCCGCCAUUUCGGGACUUACACGUGUUCGCAGCCAUUUUAACUCCCGAACAGCGGUGUUUGCCGAUGAAUGUCUGGAACUAAAAUCGCACACUCAAACAGGCGAACACCGCUGAGACCUCCAUACCUUCGGGAAAGUAUCACCAAAUCUACCGAACGACCGGGCGUUCGGUAGAAAGGAUUAACAGCAGAUGGGGAUUUCAGCGUACCCAGGAUGGUAUACGGAUGGCCGGCCGUUCAGGAGUUUUUACCCACGUUCUUAGACUGACUGCAGGGCCAGCAUUCAUGGAACUGUUUUCGGCUACUGUACCCGUGCAGUCGGUCAAAACUUCUAAGUCCUAUAUCUCCCGAACGGCUGAACCAAAUUGAAACCCAUUGUUUACGAGACAUCAAGGAGGCACUGAGGGGAUCAGGCCUCAUGGACUGUUGGAGGGUGCUACACCCUGCCGAUAUAGAUUACUCUUAUUUCUCCUCGGUCCAUAAGAGAUACAGUAGGCUGGACUAUAUUCUCCUUGCCCAAGAAUUCCUGCCCCUACUCAUAUCGGCGGAUACACGAACGAUGGGCUGGUCAGAUCAUGCACCGUUUCAACUCAUAUCAAAUCCCCCCUAUUCAGACCCCGAGAGCGCCACUGGAGGAUGAAUGAAUCCAUCCUGAUGGAGUUGCCCAUAGUAAUAGACAUGCGCGCCACAAUUACCACCUUUUUCGAAGAAAAUGAUACACCUGAAACCCCACCGCUAACCACCUGGGAGGCGCAUAAAUGCGUCAUACGAGGACAUCUCAUCAGGGUAUGCACGCAGAGAAAACAAGAACGGAACGAACAGAAGUCUGGCUUGAUCCAGAAAAUCAAAGAACUAGAGGGAAAGCACAAAGCCACGCAGGAAGAUGACAUCUACAAAGCCCUGCUGGACGCAAGGGGGGCACUCAAGAACCUACUUUCCCAAAAAUUACAACACACCAUACGCAAAUCUACGCGUUUUUUUCUAUGAAUACUCAAACAAAUGUGGCAGACUGCUGGCCAGGAUGCUGCAAAAACAGAGACGCAUGUGCCAUAUCACCAAAAUCAAGCCCUGAGAGGGACCGGCGACCCAACUACCAGACAAAAUCGCGGAGGAAUUUCAUAAAUACUACUCGGCCCUCUAUAAUCUGCCACAGGGAGACUGAGCCGCCGGGGAGCAGGAGAGGACAGCUCAGAUAACAGCAUACCUACAGCAACAUGUCACUAAGACCCUGAGUCAGGAGGACAUGGAAACCCUGGAGGCCCCAGUCACACUAGAGGAAUUACAGGCAGCCUUGAAGUCAGCUAAACUGAACAAGGCUCCAGGGCCAGACGGUCUACCGGUCCGCUACAUUAAGGAAUUCGGGGACGUGCUUUUGCCAAGACUCCUCAGAGGUAUCAACUCCAUCCGGGACGGGGGUGCCUUCCCGAGGGACACCCUGACUGCAACAAUAACGGUCAUCCCGAAAGAGGGGAGGGACCCCACAAGCUGUGCGAGCUACAGACCAAUUUCCCUCCUGAAUGCCGUCCUGAAGCUCUUUACAAAAAUCCUGGCCACUCGGCUCAGCGGAGUCCUCCCAGAUCUGGUGGCGCCGCAUCAGGUGGGUUUCAUCCCCGAAAGAGAGGCGAGAGACAACACCACCAGGGCCCUGAACAUCAUUCACGCGCCCGGCUCAAACAACAAAUUCUUCUCCUCUCUACGGAUCGGAGAAGGCCUUCGGCGUGGAUUGGCAGGCUCUCCGAUGGGAUUCGGGACGUGCGUAAUGGCAUGGGUGUCGUCACUAUAUACGGAACGCCAGGAUUCGGAUGCAACCCUCUCACCGGCGUUCCAGAUCCGGAAUGGGACGAGGCAGGGGUGCCCGCUCUCCCCCCUUCUGUUUGCCCUCUCCCUGGAACCAUUCCCUCAGAACGGGGGAAUAUCUGGGUUUGCCCUGAAAGGAACCACCCAUAAGAUUGCUGCUUACGCCGAUGACAUGCUAUUCUUCGUCAGCCUGGGCCAAACCUAUUAAACAAGGACUACUGCCAUAUCUCGAACCUGAAAUUAAAUACAGAAAAGUCGGAUGCUCUGCUCAUUUUGGCGAGGGAGGGGGAGACCACUCACCUACGAACACAGUUCCCAUUCAUGUGGUGUGAGACCAAACUACUUAGGUAUCUGGUUAACCGCGGACCUCACCCAGCUAUAUAUCCACAAGGCCUACGGACUCUAAAAAGGGAUACUACGGUGGUCGUGUGUCUCAUGGUUUGGCAGCCAUUAAGAUGAACCUCCUCCCUCGAUUUGCCUGCUGUAGCGGGCCUCCACGAAUUCCGCUGGUUCAGGAAGUAAUCCACAAACAAGAAAAAACAAGGCAAUAUCCCAAAUCUCCCUGUAACCGGACGAAACACAGUUCUGAGAGUCAACUGAGGGCUCCACAAUUUAUACAAGUCCCCAUGCAAGGGGUUUCCUGAGUCCCCUCCCAAUUCCCAGAGGGGACUACAUGGGUGUACAAGUCCCAGCAGGCACUGCUGCACGAGAGGGAUCCCACAGGAAUAUCGUUAAGUGGGUUAUCCCUCCGUGCAGCCCGACAAUUUACAUUAAAAUCUAUAACUUUUCGAAUAUGCAGUUCAUUUAAAAGAGUGGACGUUCGGUAGAUAGCUGGGGUCUGAAAUUUGUGAGAUUACGCUCAGAUCUAAAACAACACGCCGCACGAAAAACACAUUUAUUAAAAUACAUGUUCAAAAUACCGCCUUCCCAGAAUACCGAACGGAGCAUCCCGAACUCUCAGGGUUACGCCGUCGAGUAGCCGUUUUUAGUACCAAACACCGCUGAGGGAACAAAGGAUCCAAGAUGGCCGACCGCCGCAUGGUCGGUAUCGAACGGCGGCCACCCAGGAGAGCCUCUAAUUACCGAGGUUUAACAAGUGCCACACGCCUCUAAGUGUGUGGGAGGGGUCACGAACGGCCCGGCCGUUCGUGAAACGAAAGAAAAUACAGUACAUACAGCUAUCUGCAUUCGGCAGAUAGCCAAUACAGUAAUUCCACGUCAUUACAGCCAGCAUACAUUGUACGGAGUUAAACACAUAUCCCCACAGACAUACAGGCAACUCUUAAAGGUACAGUCUCUGGAUAUUGUCCAAGUGGCUAGGUUUGCCAACCUGCCCACGUCCUUCUUCCAACAACUGGAUGCCGUCACGGUUUAUCUGGCGAAACCAAUCAUCUCGAAUCAGAAAAACACUGCUCCAUAGGCCGAAGGCACAGGGAGGGGUGGGACUACCCUCGGUCCGGAAUUACCAGAGGGCCACACAUCUACAGCACAUAGUGGAAUGGCAUGGUCCAGGACAACCAAGACCUGGAUACACAUGGAAAUAGCCAAAUGGAAGGGGGAAGUUAUCAUUGGGAUACUAAUCUUCCUGAGCUCAUUGGAAAACAAAAUUAGCUACUUGUGCCAGGAGCACACAUAUUCUAAACUCCCUACUGGGAUUGUCUCUAAAACAAGUUGUUGAGGAGCCAACUCGUAAAGAGGCCAUACUAGAUUUAGUGUUAACAAAUGGAAAUUUGGUAUCAGAUAUUACUGUAGGUGAAAGUUUAGAAUCCAGUGAUCAUCAGUCAGUGUGGUUUAAUAUAAGAACAGUGACUGAGUCACACCACACAAAAACAAAAGUUUUAGACUUUAGAAAAACAGACUUUUCUAAAUUAGAAUAUGGGUAGAGGAGUCAUUAUCAGACUGGAGCAAUUUAAAUGGAGUCCAAGAGAAAUGGGAUUAUUUAAAAGUUGCACUAUUGAAGGCAACAGAAAAUUGCAUUAGGCUUGUCAGUAAAAGCAAAAAAUUCAAGAAACCACUGUGGUACUCCAUAGAUGUGGCCAAAAUAGUUAAAAGCAAAAAGUUAGCAUUUAGGAAUUAUAAAAAAACAGAGUGAGGAAGACAAAAUGAUCUAUAAGAUUAGGCAAAAAGAGGCUAAGCAAGUUAUAAGAGCUUCCAAAUCACACACAGAAGAGAAAAUAGCACAGUCAGUAAAAAAGGGGGAUAAAACAUUUUUUAGAUACACAAAUGAGAAAAGAAACUCAGGGACAAAUUGGACAAAUACCAGCAAUGUUGGACCCCAUGGAUACUCUAUCUGUCCAGAUGAUAGGAAGGACAUCGGGGAGAGGAGUCGGGUGUCCGGAUGGGUCGGGGGUGGGUGGGGAUCAUCUGGGCCUGGGGGGGCGUGGGGUGUCCCGGGGCCGGGGGGAGCGCUGCUCCUCCCCCCAGUCUACCUUCCCUCACCCUAAGCACUCAGCUGGCGCCAUGGGGGCAGGGUGGGGGGUGAUGGGGGAGAUGCAUAACCAUGAAGACCCACACUGGGGGGUGGAGGGGGAGCUGGAACCCUGACAUUUUGAAGGAACAAGAGGGAGGACCGAGAGACCAGAUAGGCUAGCCCCCAAGAAAAUUAAAAGGAACAAACUCAAAAGGAAUGCCCCAUUGUAACACACCAAAGAUGAGGAGCAUACAGGUGACAAGCAACACUAGCGGAGGCAAGUAUCCAUAGAGUACCUGAGCACACCACGCAGGUUCUGACUGACUGAGUGGGUCGGCCCCCAUGGGAUCGUAUAUGCCUCACCGAAGCGAUGAGGGCGGAGACACGCCUGGGCUGCCAGAUACCCAUCUAAUGGGCGUAGCUGCCUCGAGCAGGCCGAUAUAGCCCGAGAUGCCUGACGGGACGAGACGGGCCGGCCCUACCUUUCCUCACACACUGCCCCAAGCUAAGACAAAAAAUUUUUAGGUACACAGACAGGCAGGCAUAGACUCAGCUAACCGCAUGCUGGGUUAUAGAACACAACAAGUAGCAGUGCAGGGGCACACUCAGCUACCACUAGCACUAGCCUCUCGAGACCGCAACAUAGCAGAUGACACUAACUCCGAGUGUAGGGGACAUUUAGAAAGGGCAAGCUACACGGGACUACAUUAAUGCCAAGGACAGUGCUCCUAACUUAGCCACUUACAUAACACAACACCGCAGCACUAAAUACAACCAUUGUUUUGCUGAAGUUGUUUUCCAUGAGACGUUACGCAUACCUAAUGUUUCACAGGCAUGUUAUACUUGUUAUACAUUAUAUGUUGCCGUAUCACUGUUCGGCAUCAAAAAACAAAAAUAAAGAUUUAAAUUUUUUUUUUUUUAAAUUCAAGUAUGCCCACAUCAGUUUCUAGAAGGGCAAUACAUCCCAGGGCCAUAGUCGCAGGGCAGGAGGCUGGCAAACAGGCCCCUCCAAAAACCAGAGGCGAGGUUUCUUUCGCCUCACUUACCUUUUUGUGUCAUUUUACCCCACUCCCUCUAGCAUGUAAGCUCAUUGAGCAGGGCCCUCAACCCCUCUGUUCCUGUGUGUCCAACCUGCCUGGUUACAACUACAUGUCUGUUCGUCCACCCAUAAAGCGCUGCUGAAUUUGACGGCGCUCUAUAAAUAUCAUAAUAAUAAUGAUAACAUCAAGGAAAGAGGCACAGUCUGUUUUUAUAUGCAGGAGAUAAUUUGAACCACAUUUUUGCAUCCUGUCCUUGCACACAAGUACAGUCACCAUUCACAAACCCAGACCGUAUACACUAAUAUGCCAAUACAGUAACUCACAGGCUAUAAAGCUUUCUGCAUAUACACACACAUCCAUUCACCCACUUGCUCUACUCAAAAACAUUUUUAAUUUGCACAUUCAAAUACUUUUUUGAAUUCAAGUAUACAUGAUUUGGUACAAGCAGGAGAUAACAUCUUUAAAAAUAAAUCACAUCUGAUUGAAAUUGAAACCAUAUUUUUUUCCUGCUGGCUGUGUAAGUCAAUGAACUUGAAUGUAGUAAGCAACAUUAGGUUUUCACUAUCAAAGGAGACUAUCAAGGCUAUGUAGAAUGAGUUUGAUAAGUUUAUGGUAAUUGUUUAAUUUAUUGAAAUAUUCUUUCUCCUUUCUGUCUACUCCUCUGGGAUGUAGUAUUUGAAAACAUUAGAAAUUUAAGUAUGGCACUUAUAAUCAUAGGCGUGUGCAGGGGGUGUGCCGGGUGUGCCUGGGCACACCCUAAUCCCCGCGGCACGCCUAUUAAGUGAGACCGGCAGGGGAGAUCUCAGGAUCUCCCCUGUCGGCUCAUGCAGAGCCGGCGCUAUCCGAGCGCUGGCUCUGCUCUCAGCCUCCCUCCCCACCAACCUACUUGUAGGGAGGGAGGCAAGAGAGGAACAACGCGGCAACGCUCAGACCUCGCGAGAGUGAACUCUAGCCCCGCAGGCUAGAGUUCACUCUCCACUGGACCACCAGGGAAGGCAUCAAGGAACAAGAAUCCCCCCUCCCUACAUAAAGUAAGAAGGGAGGGGGGAUAUUAAGUAAUGUACCUCCACUCCCCACAAUCACCCACACACAUACAGCACCCACACACAUACAGCACCCACAGACAUACACAGCACCUACACACAUACAGCACCCACACACAUUUCUACAGACAGGUAGGAGGGGUUGCUUAAGAAGGGGGAGCUUUAGAAUCGAAUUGUUUUCCAUUGAGAAAGGCGGUCAUACCGCUGAAACGCGUGUCGGGCUUCCGAUGCUUAACACACUUAUGUUUUUAAUAUUUAUCUAGCUGACUGUAUUGGUAGCCGGCUUAGUGUCCUAUUUGAGGGACCACUGGCCGACUGGCCUCUUUUUUCACUUUGAUUGUUGGGGAUGAGUGGGUCGUUCUAGUGGAGUGGUCCUCUUUUUAUUUUUGGACCCCCCUUGGAUAAGGUUUUCCCUCUUUAUUUUCCUCUAUUGAUAUCUUCCUGUCCUUUCGAUUUACUUACUAUUUACUGCUACCAGUUGGGCUAUAACCUUACUGGUUUAUACUAUCGUUUGGCAAGCAUUAUUAAAACCUGUAUAUACGUGUGUGUAUAUAUAUAUAUAUAUAUAUGUAAUAUAGGAUAUCUUUGAAUGAAAUAGGGAAUACCUAUUAUAUGACUUGCUUGCUCUCAAUACAUUAGGGCAUGGUAUGCGGCUUCUCUGGCACUGAUAGACCAUUUAUAGGCUAUAUUCCCCGGCAGUGGCUCUGCAUUGGUUUUUCUACUAGCUGAUACUUUGUUCCUGUUCUCACCUAUGUGAGACGACUAAUACUGCUGAUUAGCUACAUUUAUAGAACUGUUGCUACUUUGUCAGGGGAUUAUGCCCUAUUAGCUACUUCUAGCCAAAUAUUUACUUUUUCAGUCUCUUUUGUUUUUAUUUCCCUAGUUGUUAGGGUGAGUGUGUGUUUUUGAUUCUAAUUUGGUCUAUAAAUAAAGUUUAUUAUUAUUUUGUAAACUCUUACACUGAUUAUCUAUCAGGGGGUAGCUGUUUUGAGGAAAUCUAGCCCUUCAUUAAGGGGUGAUUUCUCCUCAUUAUUCUGUGUUUUCUAUAUGUCCUAGGGUUAUGCCCUUUACUACCUCUGUAACCCUUUCUUUACUCCCUGUCAGAGUGCUUCUCUGACUGGAGGUAUUGUGCAUAUAUAAUUUUGGUAUCUAUUUGCUAAACACAGGGGAAUAUUCCACAUUAUACAGGCUAAGGGUGAUGGGCCUGAGGGUGAUCUCCCUCAGUGAUUGCCUGAUGAGCAUGUGAGGAAUUUCAAGCCUCAUUUGAUGCCACAAUGGCGUCUUCCCUCCAAGGGGCUCUUGCCUCUGCGAUGGGAGCGAUGUCGUCAUCGUUUUCCCAGACGCUGGCAUUGGCCCUUCUUAUUGCCCCCGGGGGUUUCCCCUACCCUACUGGGUACGGCGAAUGUCAAACACCUCACCUCCCACUCCUCGAUGCAGGUGUCACCUGCCCUGAUAGACUCGCUUGAGGCGGUCAUGGAUGGCGCACUACCACCGCGCAAGAGAGCCCCUGGCCGGGCAAAAAUGGCCAGAUUGUGGAAACGGGCUAGAUCCUGUGCAGUAAGGUCAAAUACAGACCGGAGAGAGGAGAAUGACUCAGAGGAGGUAGAUUAUGCCAUCCUACGAUGGGGCCAGCACGGAGGAGGAAGCUCCCCCUGCCGUAGCGACCCAUACUGGGCUUACUGCUCCAAUUCAGGGUGCUGCCGUUCAGCGGGCGAGUGAUGGCACGGCGCUUCUGGAUCCUCAGGGUAACCCCAUGUUCGACCCAGAUGGCCUGCGUCAUCUCCGCUCUGCUGAAGUGGCAUAUCACCCGAUACUUUGCGCAUAGGAUGCGCACUCCCUUCUCUAGGAGGGACGCAGUAAGCUGCGAGCUGAAUGCCUUAGGGCCUUGGUGCCGGGCUCGGCAUGUAACGCUCCGGCAGCUGACACGCAAAUGGCUCAGUUCCUUAACAAGCCGGGCUGGAAGCUGAAAUAGGGCUUGGAUUUUAAUUGGAAAACUGCCAGGACAAAAUUAUGGGCACGCUGGGGCCUUUGUCCAAAGUCUAGAAUUGCUUGAUUCUACCAAGACAGGUGAAUCGGAACUUGAUUGGACGUAGCGAUAGGCUGGGUCCAACAGGCUAUCUGCCUGCUAAGCAACGAAAAUGUGGCCAUGUCGCCCAAACGCCGCAAGGCAAUACUCCUUAGACUGAUCCCAACUGGCUAGUAUAGCCUUGUCAGAGUCAGGUCCCUUAGCUAAGGGGAUGUUGUUCGGCGACAACUUUAUCAGAGACCUGGGGUCAUAUGUUAAGAUUUUCAAUGCUGUAGACAAGUUCAGGCGAACAUGAAAAGAGUUUUCUUCCCUUAUGUUCAAGAGCGGGUGGCGGGUGGCGGGUGGCGGGCAGACGGUCUUACAACAGUUGCUUGGGUUCUCCAAGUGAUACAGGGUUACCGUUUAGAACUUGUACCCAUGCCUGUCCAGUAUUUUGCCCCCGGGGAAUUGGGCCUGUCUCAGGAACAGGAAUUAUUAAUCUCCACAGAGAUCAAGGAACUAUUCGACAAGGGAGCGACCCAAGAUUUGCCGUUGUAUGAGCAACCUCUUCUUGGUACCAAAGGAAGGAGGCGGAGUGCGCCCAGUUAUCAACCUCCGGCCUCUCAAUGCUUUCCUACGGUACCAACACUUCCGGAGGGAGGGCAUCCAUUGCCUUCGGGACCUCCUCCUGGUGUCGGACUGGAUGGUCAAACUAGACUUGUAGAGCGCCUAUUUCACGGUUCCUAUUGAGAUUUUCUCCAAUUUACUUGGAGAGGGAAGCGGUGGAUGCUUACAUACCUACCGUUCGGACUCUCAUCGGCUCCUUGGUGUUUCACCAAAGUCAGGAAACCAGUAGUGUCAUUCCUCCAAGCCUGAGGUGUUCGUCUGAUUAUAUAUUUAGACAACAUCCUGCUCGUGGCUCAAUCAAGAGACCAACUAAGCUUAAAUAUCAGCUGGACGACUGCGUUAUUCCACGACUUGGGUUUUUCACGAUCAUUUGGGAAAAGUCUGUAUUGACCCCGCUCAGUCGGUGGAAUGCUCGGGGUUCCUGGUGGACUCUGCUAGUCAGCUAUUGUUCCUCCCAGAAGCCAAGAUGAAAGCCAUCUAGAAGGAGAUCAGGCGAACGCUGUGAGCAGACGACCUGUCUACCCGACAUGUAGCAAGAAUGAUCGGUUUGCUCUCAGCUUCGAUCCAGGCAAUAUUUCCAGGACCGCUUCAUGAUCGGGCCCUACAGCGGCUCAAGGGUUUCUUACCUAUGUUCGGUUCCUUCCUAUGAGACAAGGUUGAGGUUGGACGUCGAGUCCAGAGACAAGCUAACUAGGUGGCUGGCUCACAUGGACGCCUAGAAUGGAAAAGCCAUCUUUGGAUCAAUCCCAGAUGUGGUGAUCGAAUCGGAAGCCAGCUUACACGGCUGGGGUGCAUGUUGUGGCACCGCUCCCACCGGAGGCAGAUGGUCGGAAUUAGUGAAGACAUUGCACAUCUAUUGUCUGGAACUGUUAGCAAGGGUUUUUGUGAUUCGCAACCUUACCCCCAGUUGAGUGGUCUACUGCGUGGUGCUCAGAAUGGUCAAUGUGUCCGCGGUGCGUUACAUCAACCACCUUGGGGGCACGAAGUCGCGCAUGUUGAUACUCCUGAUAGAGGAUUUCUGGCAGUUUCUAUCUCCACAACAACGUCUCUGUGAAGGCGGAACAUACUCCAGGCCUGGAUAGCUCGACGGCCGAUUGUAACUCACGUUAUUUGAGAGACUUCGGAGACUGGCACUUACACACUUCGGCGUUCAUAGGAUUGGAACAGUUGUGUGACCCAUUCGAAAUGGACCUCUUCGCAUCUCGACUCAACGCCCAGUUGCCGAGGUUCUACAGUUGGAAACCGGAUCUGGCUGCGGUGGCGACGGACGCGUUCCUUCGGGAGUGGCCAAUGGCUCGAAUAUAUGCCUUUGCCUCAUUCCACCUGACAGCUAGUACGCUCUCUAAGAUGACUUGACACAAAUGCACAGUGGUGUUGAUCACUCCCCUGUUGCGCCCAUGACCGUGGUUCCCUCGGUUGCUGGAGUUGGCAAUAGAUUACCUGCGGUUGCUCCUGACUCUUCCGAAUCUCCUGGUGGAUCCGGACAGGAAUUCGUACGAGUUGGUGGCACCUAAUAGCAUCUACUGACAUGGCUCCUUUUCAGGGAACCUUGGACUAUCUCGGGAGUUCUGCAAUCCACUCUCAAUCUUCUCGACAAUGCAUGGGCACCAGGCACUCGAUCGACAUAGCAGUCCGCCUGGCGAAUUUGGUCAAGUUGGUGCAUGGAACAGACUAGGGAUCCCGUAUCUGCCCCUCGGCAUAUGAUUCUGAUAUUCUUGACUAGUAGGUUAAGUCGGGAAAGGCGUAGCGCACCAUCAACCUGGAUCGUUCGGCUAUUUCAGCUGCACAUCAUGGUCUGGAUGGGUCUCCUGUGGUUAGGCACCGUUUCGUGUGUCGUCGGGGAUUUGCCUCACUAGACCACCUAGAGCUAGAUCUGUUGCUUUUUGGGACGUAAAGUAAUUCUACAGUUUUCUGUCGUCUUGUUAUCCGAAUCUAGAUUUGAUGCUGAAACAACUGUCAGCUAAGGUGGUUAUGUUGUUAUGCUUGAUUUCAUGCAAGCGGGUGUCGGAUGUAGGAGCGCUCGACUGGAAUGUCGUUAUAUCUACCUUGGAGGACAUCUCCUUUAACAUCUUCAGAAGGACGAAGUUGGCUUUGUCUGUUUUGUUGACUGUAAUUGACAUGUUUACCUUCACUCCCAAUUCGGUCCGCGGAGCUAUAGCCUCUAGAGCCUCAAUGCUUGGUUGUCGAUUGGAAGAUAUCUUGCGAGCGGCUGAUUGGUCACGGGAAUCAAUUUUUCGUGAUUUCUGUUGCAGGCCGAUUGAUCAUUUUGCGUCUCAGGUGGUUUCUAAGCUUUGAACUUGCAUAAUAGGAGCCUCCGUGUCUUUAAUAAAAUUCCCAGAUUUUACUAUUAACAUGACGUAAAGUCAUGAUUUUAUUAAAGACACAGAGGCGAGUAUUAUUCCCACCCACCCACCCGAUUGUGGAAGGGUGCUGGUGUCGGUGUGGUUAAGGAUCGGUAAGUAUUCUCCUUGGAGUUUCGUAUGUUUUAUUUUUAUGACAUUUUAUGUACUGGUGAAUCGCUUGCUACCGUUAUGUAUAUUAGAAUAUUCCACGGUGGUAAGGAAACUAGUUAUAUUUAGAUUUAUUGCUUAUAUGUUAUUAUACACAUGCUGUUUGGAGUCCAAAAGUUACCAUAUUUUUCUUUUCUGUCUCCUUCUUAGCCUGAAUUUCUCAGGUUUCCAUGUUAGUGAUGCUGAUAGCUACGUUAGCUGAAGUUUGGUUUCUACAUACUGGUCUUCGUUAUCCGCAAGAAAGAGGGGGGUUGUGGGUAUCACAAGCCUAUUAUAGUCACUUCCUGUGUUAGGUGAUUGGUUGCUUGUGUACUGUACUGUUUUUUUGUUCAUUUCAGUUAUUUAUUCAUCUCUGUCUUUGCUGCUGAGAGUAAUAAAGAAAGAGAUAUGCAUAAUACUCGCCUCCGUGUCUUUAAUAAAAUCAUGACUUCACGUCAUGUUAAUAAUAAAAUCUGGGUAUUUAAUCCUUAAAUAUGUAAAUAUAUUUCUGAAUUUGAGAGGACAAAUUCCAAUACCAAAUAUAGGAAAGAUUAAAUUUUUCCAUCCUUCAUAAUUUUGGUUAUUGUAUUAAUAUUCCUAAUUGUUUUUUUAUUUAUUUAUUAUUCUUUAUUUUGGCGUGCUGAGUUAUGUAUACAGGUUUAUAAAGACAUGACAAAAUGAGUAGAGACGACCAGAAACGUAACAAAAAUAUUAUGACGUCACAAAUACAGCACUUUUUUUUGUGUGUGUACUGCACCAGGCCUAGGUUUUAGGAAGAGUCCACUUGCGGUUACCAUUGCUCCGGUCACUCCUGGUGCCUUGAACAUGGUCCCGAGAGGGUUUGGGUCUUGCACCAGGGAAAGCCCCCUCACGGCCCUCAUUCUGGGUAUGCGGCAGCGAGUGAUGGCCUUCUUGGUUUCCCGGCCAUCUCCGGGGGGUCGGAGCACUUCAUUCCCCUGCUGUAGGCUUGACUGUGUGGAGACUUUCUGCAGGAUCAGUGCGUGUGAGGGGUGCUGUGUGUGCGAGAGAGGUGCUGUGUGUGUAUGAAGGGUGUUGUGUGUGAGGGGUGCUGUAUGUGUGUGAAGUGUGCAGUGUGUGUGUGAGAGGUGCUGUGUGUGAGGGUUGCUGCGUGUGUGAAGGGUUCUGUGCGUGUGAGGGGGCAGUCUGUGUGUGUGUGUGUAAAGGGGCAGUCAGUGUGUGUGAAGGGGGCAGUAUGUUUGUGAAGGAGCAGUGCUUGUGUGAGAAAGACAAGAUAAAUGUAUACCAUGGGACUCUUUAUUAAAGGAUUCUCACCAGCGUAUAGAUAUAUAUGUGUUAUAUAGGUUUUUUGGACACUGCUAAAAUUAAUAGAGUUUUUAUCACAAAAUAGAAAAGUAAAAGACAGAAAAUAGAAAUGAUCUAUUCCACUCUGAAGCAUUUAUCUAGGUUAAUGGGCAUAUAGCUGAACAGAUGUUUAAUUGUGUUUUCUUUUUUUUCUCACCCAAAGAAACCAAAAUUAUCACGUUUAAAGGGACACUAUAGGCAUCCAGACCACUUCAGCUAAUUGAACUGGUGUGGAUGCAGUGUCCCUAUUGAACUUAGUGCUGCAAUGUAAAACAUUGUAGUUUUAUAGAAACUGCAAUGUUUACACUGCAGCACUAAGACAGCCUCUAGUGGCUAAAAAAGCAAGAUUUGUAAGGUGCUCCCUUUCCAUGCGUCUGGUUAGCAUGGCGGUCAAGCUCACCCCCACCUCCACCCUCCCCAAUCAAAACGACUUUUAAUCAAGAUAUAUAUUUUAAAAAAAUUAUCUAAAUUUGGACACACACAGAAUAAAAUGAAUUAGGAAAUGGUGGCCAUACAUCAAGUAUAUACUUUAUGUAUGACAUACUUAUUUAUGGCUACAGUGUCCUGAUUUAUUUUAUUUUUGUGUAUGUUCUAGAUUUGAAGAUUGAUCCUUCUCUUUUUAAUAUAUAUCUCGAUUAAAAGUCUAGUUAUUUAUUCUUAUGCAGGAUUUUUUUUAUUAAUUAAUUAUUUAGCGUGUUAUGUAAAUAAUAAGUGUUUCUCUUAUUUAUUAUUUUUUAAUAUUUUACCGUAGUAAUGGACGAAUGGUUGACAAGAAAUCCGGCGAAAACGCCAGUCGCUGGAAAGGAAACCCAAAAUGAAGGAUCACACAAAAAUGACAAUGGAAGAAAAAAUUAUGAAAAUCCUGUAACAAGUUUAAUUAGUAAGAAAAUAUGAUUCUGACUAUUUAAAAUUCGGAUUCACGUGGAAUGGUUACAAAGGAGAUCCCCGUCCGCAGUGUGUGAUUUGUGGUGAAAUUCUCGCAAAUGAAAGUAUGGAAUCAAACAAAUGACUUUGACAUAUUGAGACAAAAAGGGUACAUUUGAAAAAACAGCCUCUUCAUUUUUUAAAAAGCAAGCUAAAAAAAACGAAUACAUAAAAUAUAUAUGCUUUCGCAUUUCACCAGUAUGAAAAAGCUAUUCAUGCCUCAUUAGUUUGCAAAAUCUGGUAAGCCUCACAACAUUGGCAAGUCAUUAGUACUCCAAGCGAUAAAAAAUGCUGUUGGAGUUAUGUUUGGUGACAAGAACUUGAAAGAAGUUGAAUAAUUCCAUUUUACAAUUAAACGCAAAACUGAUUAAAUUUCAGAGUGGGUAGUAGACAGGGCGUACCAAGCGUUUGGUGAAACCGGCCCUAGCGAAGGACCAUGCAAAAAGCGGAAGAACCACUCAGCCACAUCACUGUUAUUAAAUUAUUUUAAAAUGAAGCGCGCUUAAAAGCGCACGCAGGACUGUGCCACUGUCGGCACAGACCUUCUUCUGCUCCUGCACACUGUUUCCCGCACAAGUGGAGAGCAGGAAUAAUAUCUCCACCUCCAGCUUUCUGCAUGUGUUAGUUGGCGAGGAGCGGCUGAGCAGUGAACACUCAACCCAGGUAAGUUCAAAUUACUUACUUUACCAGGCUGGCUGUCUCUGGCUGGGGGUACUGGGCUGUCAUGGAUAUAAGAUGCAUAUAAGGAAAGAAGUGAGAGAGGAGAAGAGAUGAAGAUGGAAAGUAAGAGCAAAAAAGUAAUGAGAGGGAAAAGAAAGAAGUGAGAGGAAAAAGUAGUGUGAGGGGAGAGAAAAGAGAGUAAUUGAAGAAGUAGAGUAAAAAGGAGAAGAAGUAGUAGAGAAGAGAGAAAAUAUGAGAGAAAAAAGAGAGAAAGGGAGAAAAGAGAAUGAUGUAUAGAGGAAAGGGAAAGAGAAAGGAGAAGUAGUAGGAAAAGUAUUAAAGAAAGAAGUGAUGAGGAAAGAAAGAGAAGUGAUGAGGGGGAAAGGAGAAGUGAUGAGAGAGGAGGAGUUUUAAAUUAUAUACAAUUCUAUCAGUUGUUUUAUGAAAAUAUAUACAAACUAGAUCAGGGGUAGGCAACCUACAGCACUAGUGCCAUGCAUGGCACUCGAGGUGUCUUUGUACGGCACUCAAGGCUGCUAGAGCCAAACUUACUCUGGCCUAUCAGGAGUCCCAGUAAAACUUCAGAUAUUUGCUAAUACGAAGAGGUGGUGAAGGACAAUCCUCAAUUUAUGCAUUGCAGCACAUAGAGGAACUGAUCUCAGAUCACUGCCUCCCAGCACUUGUGAAUGGGAAUCCACACUUUAUUAGAGCAGCCCUCGACAGCUAUCACAGCUCCUGUCCUGUACCUGUACCUGGCCAGCCUGGUCCCCACUGGAACCCAGGGAAGCCACCCACACUGCUAGAUAUACACCAAAAUGCAGAAUAAGCCUCCCCUCAUACAAAUAACACAAACAGCCCACAAACAAACAUACACACAAUCUGCACAAACGUAACCCGCUAACAAUCCAUAUACAUGCACACAAUCUCACAUGCAAUACCCCAAAUAGCCCCCACACAUACACACACUACCAAACACACAAUGUGACAUAUCCAUCCACACAAUUCCACAAGCAGCCCCCAUACACAGCACACAUUCAUAGGUAUCAUACACAACACCACAAACUACUUGUAAACAUAUACAAUAUAAUAGCUCAUAUAUGCACAAAUACAACGAUACCAAGCAAUUACAGUAAAAAUAACACAAGCAGAAUACGGCAGCAUACAGACUUCAAUUUAAAAAAAUAGGACCGGCAUGCUACGGGACAUCACAAUCCUAUAUCGGCACAGUGCUGCUAAAAGGUUGCCUACCCCUGAACUAGAUCUUUCUUUUAUCCUUGACUAUCUCUGUUUUUGGCUGACAUUAAAAUGGAAAAACUUGGAUUUUGGCGCAUGAUGAUAAAAUUUAAUGUAUUCCAAAUUAAUCCUAAACUGUAUCAUGAUUUAUGUUUCAUGUAGAGCCACGUGGCAUCUCAGUAGAUGAAUUGUGUCAAUCUGAGCCAAAAGGUUAUAUAUGAUAAGCAUCAUGUUAUUUAUUGGUAUGGCAAGAUACUGGUUAAGUUGGAAUGGGAUAACUGAAUGUUAUGUUAAAUAUCUUCAUAAUGAUGCUUAGCAUAAGUACAUUCUUAUGGUUUUAAUGGGACACUGUAGUCACCAGAACAACUACAGCUUAUUGAAUUUGUUCUGGUGAGUAGAAUCAUUACCUUCAGGCUUUUUGCUGUAAUAACUUCACUGGACACUCCUCAGAUAGCUGUUAGAGAUCCUUCCUGGGUCAUGGCUGCCUAAAAUGCAUCCAAACAUUCAGUGUCUCCUCCCUCUGCAUGCAGACACUGAACUUUCCUCAUAGAGAUUAAUUGAUUCAAUUCAUCUCUAUGAGGAGAUGCUGAUUGGCCAGGGCUGUGUUUGAAUUGUGCUGGCUCUGCCCCUGAUCUGCCUCCUUGUCAGUCUCAGCCAAUCCUAUGGGGAAGCAUUGUGAUUGGACCAGGCUACCACUUCUGAUGAUGUCAGCAGACUGCUUGUUUUUCUGAGACAAACAGCAUGCAUAGUUACAGCUUCAGGCUUGAAUACAGUAAGAUUUUUUUUCUAUAUUUAUGGAGGCAUGAGGGGUUCAGGGGAGGGGGGGGCUAGAUGGUGGUUUUAACACUAUAGGGUCAGGAAUACAUGUUUGUGUUCCUGACCCUGUAGUGUUCCUUUAACUCUGGUGUGGUUUUGUAUGUUUAGAGACAUUAUUUCACACUGAGAUUCUAUAAAGGAACAAAAAUAUUGACAUAAAUAAAAUAGAGGAAUAUGAUAAGCUACUGACAGUGGAUUUUUUCCCCUAAUUAUAUCUGGAGAGGUUAAUGUAGGUAUCCACGUCAGAAAUGAGCUCAUUGUAGUGAUGAAACACAUCUCUCAAAACGGAGAGCAGUGUUCAUUUAUUCACAUGGGUUCUUGUGAAUAAAAUAGGUACUCUCUUUCAACCCAUUACAGCUUAACCAAACUGGUCAAUCAAAGUUCAAAUAAACUGUAAUUCCCUUGGAAAUUAUAACCUUAAAUGGAACAUUGAAAAUCACCAAUAAAUUGUGUUAAUCUUUUUUCAUGAGAUGCUGUUUUCUUUUAAAAAUAUAUUAAAGGGACACUAUAGUCACCUGAGCAACUUUAGCUUAAUGAAGCAGUUUAGAACAUGCCCCUGCAGCCUCACUGCUCAAUCCUCUGCCAUUUAGGAGUCAAAUCCCUUUGUUUAUGAACCAUAGUCACACCUCCCUGCAUGUGACUUGCACAGCUUCCAUAAACACUUCCUGUAAAGAGAGCCCUAGUUAGGCUUUCUUUAUUGCAAGUUCUGUUUAAUUAAGAUUUUCUUAUCCCCUGCUAUGUUAAUAGCUUGCUAGACCCUGCAAGAGCCUCCUGUAUGUGAUUAAAAUUCAAUUUAGAGAUUGAGAUACAAUUAUUUAAGGUAAAUUUCAUCUGUUUGAAAGUGAAACCAGUUUUUUUUUCAUGCAGGCUCUGUCAAUCAUAGCCAGGGGAGGUGUGGCUAGGGCUGCAUAAACAGAAACAAAGUGAUUUAACUCCUAAAUGACAGUGAAUUGAGCAGUGAAAUUGCAGGGGAAUGAUCUAUACACUAAAACUGCUUUAUUUAGCUUUAUUUAGCUAAAGUAAUUUAGGUGACUAUAGUGUUCCUUUAAAUAUUUGGUGAGAAAACAUCAUAAUACAAUCCAGACACGGCCAGGGCAAAACAUUGCAAAUGAAGAGUAGAGAUUAAAAACAUUAUGUAUGAAAAGUGGUGCAAACAUGGAAAGGGGGGAUGGCGGAGUCUAACUGCGGAGCGGAGAAGACACAUGGUGCUGAAGCUCCAGCGAUAUAACCUUAUUUUCGUCUAUACCAGACCGAUAAAACCACCUAAAACUACUGCAAGUGCCGGUGAGGGGCUCCAGAACCGACAUGGGUCAGAAAUCUAAAAAAAACAAAACCCGACCAGCCGAGGCAGAACCACGAUAUCGGGGCCAUGUGGAGACAAGCCCACGAAGUUCCAGGGCCAAAAAUGUCCGACUACACAGAAACGUACUCCGACUUCUCUGACGAUUUCUCCCUGGGAGAGGACACACCCGUUACACCGAACUUACCUGCGGCUGCAACCAAGCCCCUGGACCCCGACGGCGCACCAGUCACAACGUCGGUGCUCAAGGCUCUGCUGGCAGGCCUCCAGACUACACUACAGGCGGAUAUGGCCGCCCUCCGCACGGAACUUCAGGGCAUCAUUGGUAGGCUGGGGGCCCUGGAGGACACCUCCACUACGCAAGAUGCGCGCAUCACCGCUAUGCAAGCGGAGGUCAAGGACUUACAGCACAAGAAUGCAGAAUUUGAAUGGCAGUUUGCCGCUGUGAAGGACGAUCGCCGAGCAGCCAACAUAAAAGGUACGGGGGCUACCAGAUGACAUGCUAGCUGAGGAACUAUCUCCUGACAGAACUGCUCACACCGAAAGUGGCCAAAGCCAUCCACAUUGAAAACUUAUUCAGGAUUCCAAAACCAGCCAGAGCCCCAGCGACGGCCUCCCGCGACCUUGUAGUCCGCUUCCACCAAAGAAAAGACAAGACCGCAACCCUAGCAGCAGUCAAAGAACGAUCUCAAUCCACAUUCGAAGGACACUCCCUAUCAAUUUUUGCAGACUUAACAGGCGUCACUUUGGCCUGGAGGGGGUCGUUAAAACCCUUCGCCACACUACUCAGGCAACAAGACAUACAAUAUAGAUGGCGCCUCAGCCGCUCACUUCUCGUCCUGAAAAGUGAGGUCAAACACGUGGUAUACAAUAUACAAGGAGCACAAGACUUGCUACACACCUUGGGCCUACCCAAGGAGGUCAUGCGCGGCACAGCACCCCAGGCAAACGCAGGCCAGCAACAGAGAUGGGACCUGGAGCUAGCGACCCAGGCAGGGCCUUUCGGAGGCGACCGGCACCUGAAGAUUCCCAGAGACCUGUCAGGACUGUAUACCAGUUACAAAAUAGCUACAGCUCCUUGACACCUCAGUUCAGUUUACUUAUUAGUUGAAAUUCACAUUGUUUGUUCAUGCAUGCUAUACUUUAAUUGGUCGACUGUUCGCACUGACAAAUCUCCGCUCCCACCAUAUUUAGCAAUCACACUUUGACAUUUUUAGAACUCCUACCCCCCCAACCCCUGCCGGCUCUAGGAGCCCACGGGGAGGCAGCUGAGGGACGAGCAACAACCCACGCACAGCAGCCAGGUACAAGCUAGGUCCAACAAACAACUGACUACACAGCGCAGAAGCACACAAUAUGUACCCUAACCACUGAUCCUUAGUACACAGAGCGCUGACACUAUAACCCAGCUCCCUCCAUUGCCCCAACGCUAGCUUUAAAGACACACAGACUAACCCACAAUGCGGAGUUAACAACGAACCAGACGCAUAUCAUGCUAUCAGAGUUUUAUCUACGGCCCACUAUCUGCCUUUAGGAACAUACAAUGUCCUUCACACUAUGUACAGACUUAGAAUGCACGUUUGUUGACACAUCUGAUGAGCAUGUUACUUUUCACCAAAAACAAAAAUGUGCAUGUUGUUUGAAUGCUAUACCUUCGUUCUGUUUAGUUUGAAACAGUUAAGUUUGCUGCGCUAUUGUGGCACCGCAAGCUCAUUGUAUCAAUUCUUUGCACGAAAAAAAAGAAGAAUAAAAAAAAAAAAAAAAAAGAUACAGAAUGGAAGGUAGAAAAACUAUAAUUUCCUUUAUUGUUUUUCUGUGUGUGAAUUGUUUUCCUCUGAAAAUAAAACAAUUUGAUUGUCAACAAACAUGGAAAAGGGGUGGAGUCACCAAUGCAAUGUGCCUGCUGGUUCCAGUGGUUUCCAUGGUGACUGCCACACUUAUAGUACUUAAGACCACUUUUCAUAGCACGAUACUUUUCAUACAUAGCCCCCAAUGUUACAUUUCUCCUUGUUUCUACAACUGGCAGUCUGCGUAGAGAAAGCUUACAAUAGAAAAGGCAUUAGCAAAGAUUAAGAGGGAUCUAACAUCAGGCACACAGUUGCACGAUAAAGAGAUGUGGAUUUCUACAUUUCAUUAAAUUGUUCAUACUUUACAAAUAAAUAUUGUACACGUGAUAAAAAAACUAUUUUUUUGUAGUUCAAUCUAUGCAUGGGUGCAUGAGUGUACUCUGGAGGUCUUGCAGAAAACUACCUGGAGUGUUUUCUUGCAAUAACCAUCAGGCUCUCCUAAAUCACACACAAAUGUGUGUAAAAAUUUAAAUUGAGAAAUUACCACCACACACUUUCUCCAAUUGUUUGGGCUAAAACUAAACAAAGGCAUCUAAACACUCCAUAUACAAUACCUUGGGGUGACAACUUUUCAAAUAUAUGCAUGUUCAUGGCAAGAAAAUAAAUUGGGAUAUGUAAAAAGCCCCCCUAAAAGAAGAUAGGCAAAGAAGAUCUGUCAAAUUUUAAAAACACAUGUCAGAAGUGCACCCAGGGGCGUACCGUUGGGUUGAUGAAACUGAAAUCAAGUGUCAGAGUGACAGAUGAUUUUUGAACCCCCCCGCACACACAAUACUCACUAGGAGGGGACAUGGGAAGAGAGAGUGAUGGGGAGAGAGUGAUGGGGGAGAGUGAGACAUGGGAGAGGACAUGGGGAGAGAGAGUGAGUUUAGUUUUUUUUAAAAACACCUGACCGGUGUAUAGUCGCCAUAUGGGCAGUCGGACUCCAGGACAACCCUCCCACAUACCCAACCCAAUAACUCACUGACACAAAGGUAUAUGGGAAAAUUUGUCCACAGCUUUAUUUAACCAAUCUUGAAUAAUAAUAAUUUAUUAAGCAAUAAUAAUUUUAACAAUAAACAUGGGUCAUUGCCCCCAUACUCCGCCCUCGUAACCGAAUCCUUCUGUUAAUAUAACAGGCAAUGACCCCCAUAUAAAUAACAUAUAUACAUAUACAUAUAACAUAUAACAUACGUAUCAACAUAUUCCAACAUACCAACUUAAGUGCCAAACAUAAAUUAACCAUGGCAGGGGUAUACCCGGAUACCCCUGCCCCACCAGAUUCUGAGCCACCGACAGGACUCGGAACCUACCAACCACCAAUGACCACAGUUUUACGUCUCCAUGACGUUCAUCCUAGGGAGCCUAUUUCUUCUCCUUCAGCUCCCUAUCCCGCCGCUGUGAAAAAAACGGGAUAACCCAAGUCCGAACCAAAUUCAGGGAGGGUGGGCGGGACAAACUCAGCAAGGUAGUAAUUAAAAGUGAAGGCUUUAAAAUGGCUGCCUAUUUAAAUAGCCAAGCCUACUUACCCAUAACUCCCUACUUCCUUCCCUCCUCCUAUGCCUGCCUCCUAACCCCUGUCAAGGCCUUUUUUCGCUUAGCUGCGCUUUGGCUACAUGGGGCUACAUGACCGGUGUAUAGUCGCCAUAUGGGCAGUCGGACUCCAGGACAACCCUCCCACAUACCCAACCCAAUAACUCACUGACACAAAGGUAUAUGGGAAAAUUUGUCCACAGCUUUAUUUAACCAAUCUUGAAUAAUAAUAAUUUAUUAAGCAAUAAUAAUUUUAACAAUAAACAUGGGUCAUUGCCCCCAUACUCCGCCCUCGUAACCGAAUCCUUCUGUUAAUAUAACAGGCAAUGACCCCCAUAUAAAUAACAUAUAUACAUAUACAUAUAACAUAUAACAUACGUAUCAACAUAUUCCAACAUACCAACUUAAAGUGCCAAACAUAAAUUAACCAUGGCAGGGGUAUACCCGGAUACCCCUGCCCCACCAGAUUCUGAGCCACCGACAGGACUCGGAACCUACCAACCACCAAUGACCACAGUUUUACGUCUCCAUGACGUUCAUCCUAGGGAGCCUAUUUCUUCUCCUUCAGCUCCCUAUCCCGCCACAAGCUCAGACCUUGACUCCUUAAGCUGUCUGAGCUCCGCCACCCCGAAGAAAAAGAGCCUUAGUUAUGCCCUCCUGCCAGCCCAGGGUCAACAGAUCCCAACCCACUGCCGAGAGAUGAACUCCGUCCGAGCGGUAGUACCCCGGCAAACCACCUUCCAACUCGCUGUGUCGAACUACCACACCCCCUAGCUUCCGCACGAAGCUUGCCAUCAAGCUAUUCACUUUCUUCCUACAUCUGUCAAUAGCCUCCGGGUCCCUAGCAUGCCGCCACCGCUUCCUAGGGAUAAUCUCCGACCAGACCAACAUCACCCCCGGAAGUAGGUCCCUUAAACCGUUAAGGUCCUGCUUCAUCCACUUCACUAGCCGCCGCUGCGGAGUGAGGCCCAAGUCGUUGCCCCCCGCAUGGAGCACCAGCAGGUCCGGCCGUUGCCCGCCUGCUACCAUCCGGAACACCCUUUCGCAGACCUCCCCCCAACAAAAACCCCUGUACCCGAACCACUGUACUGCCAACUGGUCCCGAUGAAAGCCCAGCUGGUGGCCCUGAGCUCGAGCUGCAGCCCUCCUUUCGGCCCAGAAGACAAAUGAAUGGCCCACGAUCCAUGCGACACGGCCUGGGGGAGAGAAGGAAAACAGAUCAUAACAGCCCCUUAUGCACCCAGCCCCCGGGGAUCCCCCCAAAGGCCCUUCCCCAUCUUACUCCAAUAAACCCAAACGCACAUAUGAACGGAACCGUACCGACUCCCAUCUCCCAAUCCGUUUCACUAUGUCAUCCCCCAGACCCAACCGAGCUGCCUCCGUAGCCGCCCCAAUACGAAAGGAGUGUGUACCAAAAGUAUCCACCCUCAGUCCUAGCUUUCCCAGUCCAGACCGAAAAACCUUGGUGAACUGGAACCGGGAGAGGGAAGACCCGUCCGCGUGUACCAGCAGCGAUCCUCCAACCCCCGGCCUCCGUGCCAUGUACCCCGCCACCGCGGCCACUGGGCACAAAGCGGAGCCCGGCAGGGCCCGCAGCGUCACAUCUCGGCCCUUGCCUAACAUGUCCGUCUUGGAUCUUGCCAGGUGUACAACCACCUUCCCUUCCAGCACUCGGACCCCCGACACCUGUACCCCUCCUGCCGCAGUCCUCGUGGCACUGACCAACUCCCCUACCCGAAAGGCUCCAAAGAAGGCCAACAGAAACGCCGCCUGAAACAACGAUGCUUCGAACCUGUCGAAACAUAUAGCAGGCAAUAAACCGACCAGGUCACUCAACACUCGCACCGAUACUGGGCGCCGAGUGUCAGGCCGUCUGCGGCCCCGCCGGUACCCCUUCAGUGCCUGCCUUAUGACAAAGGACUUAGUAAGGUCCUCUUCCCCAUGUAGCUUGAACCAGAAAGCCAUCGCCGCCAUGGACCUGUCAACCACCGCCGGGGAUGCCCCCUUCGCCAGAAAUUGACAGGUGUACCAGAGGAACGCAUCCUUGAGCGAUUCCCCCGCCGGCAGGCGGUCCAACCCUCCCCAUGACCUUUCCCAGGAGUCCCAGACCUUACUGUAAGCGGCCCAUGUGGCCGGCGCCAGCGAAGCCUUCACCAGUCCCCCAAGCAGGUCGCCCCGAGCCGCCAAAUCUCGUCUGGGCAAGCCUGCCCCACUUCUUGGGCUUCCGGCGCCACCGUCCGGAAUCGUGACCACUGAAAACGAGACAGGGCGUCAGCUACAUCAUUCAUGAACCCAGGCACAUGGCGUGCACGAAAAACAACAUUUAGCGACAUGCACAACAGAACAAAAUGACGUAGCAACCUAACCACGGGUUUCGAUGCCGCUGAUUGGUUAUUCACAGCGUGCACCACGGCCAUAUUGUCCGAGAAAAAGACCACCUUCCGGUCCCGCAGCCUAUCCCCCCACAGGGCCAACGCUACGACCAGCGGGAACAGCUCCAAGAAAGCCAAGUUCCGCAUGAGGGGGCUCAGUCGCCACUCCCUCGGCCAUCGCUCCGCACACCAACGUCCCCCAAAAUAAGCCCCGAAGCCCACGCUACCAGACGCGUCUGUGAACAGCUCCAGUUCCGCAGCCGACACGCCCUCCUGUCUAAAAAUCACCGUCCCAUUGAACUCCCGCAAAAAGGUCUCCCAUACGGCCAAGUCGGCCCUCAUGGCCGACGACACCCGAAUGAAGUGACGCGGGGAUCGCACCCCUGCCGUCGCUGCCGACAGGCUCCGGCUGAACACCCUACCCAUUGGGAUCACCCGGCAUGCAAAAUUCAGCAUCCCGAUCAACGACUGCAGCUGCCGCAAUGUAACCUUACGGGCUUGAGCCGCCGUCGUCACCUCCUCCUUCAGCCGCCGCAACUUCUCCAACGGCAGCCGACACUCCCCUUGCAACGUAUCUAUCUCCAACCCCAGAAAACUAAGGCACUGAGCCGGCCCUUCUGUCUUGUCCGCCGCCAGCGGGACCCCGAAAUGGCCAGCCACCCACUCGACCGUUCUCAGCAAGUGUAGGCAGGCGGGGGAGCCCGCCGGUCCUACGCAGAGAAAAUCGUCCAGGUAGUGUACCACAGCCCCACUCCCCGCCUCAACUUUGACCACCCAUUCAAGAAAAGUACUAAACUUCUCAAAGUAGGCGCAGGAGAUAGCACAACCCAUUGGAAGGCACAAAUCCACAAAGUACCCCCCGUCGAAGAAACACCCCAGCAAGUGAUGACACGCUGGGUGGACCGGAAGCAGCCGAAACGCUGCUUCAAUAUCCACCUUAGCCAACAGUGCUCCGCGCCCGGCCUUCCUUACCAGCUCAACCGCCCUGUCGAAUGAUGCGUAUGAGACCGAGCACAAGUCCUUGUCAAUAUCAUCAUUCACCGACUCUCCUUCCGGGUAGGAGAGGUGGUGAAUGAGCCUGAAUUUGCCCGGUUCCUUCUUGGGAACCACCCCGAGCGGGGAAACCCGCAGACCCUCCAAUGGAGGAGCCGGGAACGGCCCUGCCAUCCUCCCCAAUUUGACUUCCUUGCCCAGUUUUUCCCGCACCACACCCGGGAACUCAGCCACCGAUUUAAGGUUGCGCCGAACCCCAGUCCCCCCCCGGUUCCGGAAAGGGAUAAAGAACCCCUGACCAAACCCCGCCCGGAGCGCCACGGCAUCUGCCUUAUUACCGUAGCGGCUUAGCCACGGCUCCAUCGCGUCUAGCCUCACCGGGGUUAGGCCCCGGGGCAAGCGAAACUCCCCCUCCCCCCCCAGCCGAGGUAGGGACCCCGGUGUGCCCCGACUUCCCUUUUUUGAAGCACCGGUUGAGCCCAUGCGCGCCUCCGCAGCCCGAACACUCGUGCUUAAAGCGACAGGCGUUUCCCCAUUUGCACUGGCCCUCGUUAAAGAGCCAGCAGAAGCCCUUUUGCAUGGCGGCCGACGAGGCGGACUGCCCCUUUGCGCCGGCCGUGGGCUGAAAUGGCUGCGCUUUUUGCGCCAUCAUCAGCUUCAUCCAGAGAGGCAGGUCCAUUUGAUCCCACCGCAUACCCGGAUUAGCCGCCAAACGCUGCCGGAAUUGCUCGUCGUACCGCCACCAUGCCAGUCCGCCAUAGGUGCGAUACGCCUCCCAAAUGCCAUCCAAAUAACAAAACAGAGAGGAGCACAGGCCCGGCGAUUUCUCGCCCAGAACACUGGCCAACACGCAAAAGGCCCUCAGCCAGUUACCGAAAGACUUGGGAAUCUUACGAUACCGCUUCUUCUUCUCUUCCUCCUCCUUCUUCUCAUCUUUUUUAUCGUCCUCUUUGAGAUCAAUAAAAUCCUCCAAAGGGAGAAGAGAAAAGAUCUCGCAGAAGUCACCCUUCCAGAUUUUUUCCUUCACCUCCUGUUUGAGGUGGACCCCCAGCGGACCCGCAAACGACACAUAUGCGUGUUGCCUGGCCGCAUCAGGAACCACCCCCCCCGUCAACUCAGCCCGCUCGCUCGUCGCCUCCGCCCCAGUAACCGUCACUGCAGUGUCCCCACCCGAACUCUGUUCCGCGGAGGGAACCUCGCUCGGGCCCGCCACCCCGGCCCCCUGAGCCCAAACCUGCCCCACACCGCCCUUUGUGGCACCCCCCGCUCCCAGUGAGUGGAGAAGUGCUUGAAGUGUAUGAACCAAUGCACUGGAGUGCAGAGAAGCAGAGGACUCACCGGCCAAGCCCCUCGACCCCGAAGCUCCUGGGGCUGCGUUGUGUACUGUCCCCUGACCAGGAUGAGCGACAUCCGUUAACGAUCCUCCAACCGGGGAGCCAACCCGGUGCCCGGCCACAUCAGAUGCGGAGCGGCUCCGAGAUCUGUAACGAGGAGAAGAAGUCCUGGGCAGAGCAUACUGGUCAUGAGCAGCCCCCCCGUCCCGACCUUGAGAGCGCCCGCUGGACACCAGAGCCUCCCGUCGCGCAACCACUCCUUUUCGCCCACCCAAGGCCCGAUCGGCCCUGCCUCUGGGACUACGACUCCUCCCGUUUCUACCAGAGGCCCGCCCCCGUGUAACCAGCCUGGGGGCCAUGACACUCUCCCCCCCUGAGCUACUAGAUGAGGACCUAACACGCCGAGCCCUUCCCUUAAACCCCCCGGACCCCCGGGCCCUAACCGGUGACGGGCUGCUAUCACCGGACCCCAAACCUGAACCCCCCCCAGAACUACGCCCACCUAUCUGCUCACCAGCGCAGGGAAAUCCCCACCCCCCACCCCGGCGGGCCCCCCGACUAGAAGCACUCCCUCCCCUCGGUACCUCCAGCCGGUCCCCAGACCCCGCACCCCUAACCUGUCCUGAACGCCCUGCGCACCUCGACCUCCUGCCCCCCCCUGAUGGCAAACUUCCCCCUGCCGAACCCCCUGGCCCUUCCACCCUCCCGGCUACUGGCCCUCGCUCCAAGCUCACUACCCUGGAACUACCCUGCGCACCCUCCCCCCUAGACCUCCCUGCCCCCGCUCUAGAAGGCACCUGACCCCUCUCCACGUCCCCCCCAGGUCUCUGAACCCUGUGCCCAGUCCUCCUGCGCUGAUUCGCGCCAAGGGGGUCCCGGCCGGAACCCCCUGCACUUGCCUGUUCCAGGGGCGGUCCGCGAGCUCCUUCCGCACCGGCCCCGCCAGUCCCCGCCAUGGGUGUAGUAGAUGCCCUCCCGGGCUGCAAUCCCGCGUCCUCACCGGUUCCAGGGGGCCGCCCGAUGUCUCCCGCGGCCCCCGCUCCAGGCGCAGCCCUCCCCGCACUGGGAGCUGCACCGUCCGACUCCCGGGUAGCCUCCCGCCGGCUACCGCUUCUCCGACGUCCCGGUAACGCGCCGGGAGGCGGAGCCUCAACCAUGCGGCUACCGGGUCCGUUUCGGCCUGGUCCCGCCGCCGCCCGGCCGCUGGAACCGUCUCCACCGGACUCCGCGCCUGGGCUCAGCCGUCUCGGCGGCCUCCGAGCCCGCACAGGCCGACCUCCGCCGCCCUCAUGAUCCGCAGCACCCGCCAGGGCUGGUCCAAGUUGCGCCCGCAGCCAGUCCACGCCACGUCCUUGAGCCGCCAACCGGAUCCGCUCCAACAGCUCCUCCAUGUUAUCCUUCGACCCUGCAGAAGGAGAGAAAAACAAAGACCCCACCAAACCAAAUCUGUGGACACAGGAGUGCACACAAACUCAGCAAGGUAGUAAUUAAAAGUGAAGGCUUUAAAAUGGCUGCCUAUUUAAAUAGCCAAGCCUACUUACCCAUAACUCCCUACUUCCUUCCCUCCUCCUAUGCCCGCCUCCUAACCCCUGUCAAGGCCUUUUUUCGCUUAGCUGCGCUUUGGCUACAUGGGGCUACAUAAUCUAGGCAUUAUUUUUUGCCUAGAUUAGGUGUUUUUAAAAAAACCAAAAAAAUAUCUGUCUGCACUGAAGUUGCUGUUUAGUGGAUAAGGUAGUGCUCUGGAUUUUUUUUUUUUAUUGUAUAAAUUGGCUCCCAGCACUAAUAUGGUGCAAUGUCCCCUGUGUUAUGCUUUUAAAAAGGUGUGAUGUGCCUGUUUUAGGCUUUCAAUAUGGUGACAAGCAUUCCACUGGCACAUCACCAUCAUCACCAAAGUGUAAAUAUAUAUUUAUGAUUUAAAGCUGAUAACAGAUUCAUUAGAGCAGUGGUUCCCAAACCAGUCCUCGUGGCCCACCAACAAUCCAGGAUUUAUGUAUUUCCCUGUUUUAUUCCAAUGGAGAUACUAACAAAACCUGGACUGUUGGUGGGUCUUGAGUACUGGUUUGGAAAAACACUGCAUUAGCGGAAACCCUGGCGUUAUUGGGAAAGCAUUGUAUAAGAAGAUUUGCGAUUUCAUGUGCACUAGCUGAUGGAGUUCUCCUUGUAGUGGUUUCAUAUAGAGAGAAGGGGCUUUGGGAGGACUCUGUUCCUAAGAAACCUCAGGAACUUACAAUUCCUCUUUAUUCACUUUUUAUUGGACACGAAGGAUGAGGAAACAAAAUAUAAUGCUAGAUUUAUUUCUUUAGCUUCUCUUUACAUGGUGGAAAACGUUGAUCUAAAAAAAAUUAAGUUUUUGUUUGGUUCCUCGCCAAGGGCGCUGGAGACCCUAGGUCAGUGGCGUAAACACAACCCAUGGGGCCCCGGUGCGAAAACUGAUCCAACCCCCCCCCCCACCCCCCCUUACUCUAUGUUUCACUGAGGGUUAAUCCAGCCUCUAGUGGCUGUCUCAUUGACAGCCGCUAGAGGAGCUUCCGCGAUUCUCACUGUGAAAAUCACAGUGAGAAGACGCUGAACGUCCAUAGGAAAGCAUUGAGUAAUGCUUUCCUAUGGGCUGUUUGAAUGCGUACGCGGCUCUUGCCACGCAUGUGUAUUCGGAGCUGAGAGGCAGAUCGGGGCGGAGAGAUCCCCAGCGCCAAGGGAGUCCGGUGCUGGAGAAAGGUAAGUGCUUAAGACACACACACAGUCUCACGAACAGACGCAUACACACUAGCUAACAGACACACACAUUUACUGACAGACACACACUCAGUGACAGACAUAUAUACACACUCACUGACAGACAGACACACACUCACUCACUUACAAAACACACACUCACUAACAGACGCACACAAACUAACACACUCAGUAACAGACACACACAGUAACACACUCACUGACACACUAACACUAACACACACACACUCUAACACUAACACACACUCUAACACACACACACACACACACUCUAACACACACACUAACACACACACACACGUUUAAAAAAAAUAAAAAUUGAAUUCCCCCAGCCUCCCUACCUUUGGGAGUGCUGAGGGGAUUCCCUGGGGUCCAAUGGUGCUCCUGGGCUGCCGGUCCUGCGGGCGGGCUAGCUGGCUGGCGGGCGCGCGAUGGAGCACUCUCCCCUGAGUGCUUCCUGUUCAGCUCCCUCGCGCUGCGUACUGAUGCCGAGGCCGGAAGAUGACGUCAUCUUCCGGCUCCGGCAUCAGUGCGGUGCGCGAGGGAGCUGAAGAGGGAGCACACAGGGGAGAGUGCUCCCUCGUGCGCCCGCCAGCCUGCCUGCCAGGUGACACCAGGGCCAGUCUCGGGGGGGCAUGAGGUGGCCGGUUCCUGGGCACCCCAGGAGAAGAGGCUGGCCACUCUGGCUUACAUACUCAGGGGAGAGGGCCCCCUGGUGGGCCAGGCCCGGUUGCAGCCACGACCCAGGUAUGUACGCCACUGCCCUAGGUACGCCUCUGGUAGCAGAUCAAUUUAUCAACAGAGUUAAGGCAAGUAACUUUUUUUCUCUGCAAUUGGAUGAGUCAACAAAUAUACAAGGUUUGUCCCAAUUGAUUGUUUUUAUCCGUUUUAUAUGGAACAAUGAGCCGCAUUAAAAUAUAUUAUUUUGUGAACCAAUUAUUCUAGGUACUAGUGAAGACAUUUUCGGAACUCUUGACACUUAUGUUGAAAGGAACUGCACUGGAUGAAUUGUGUUGGUAUAUGUACCAACGGUGCACAGGCAAUGUGUGGUAAAAAUAGUGGUGUUGUGACACGCGUUCUUAAAUGCAUCGUGGGUGCACUGUAGUCUUCAUAGAGAAACUCUAGUAUCUAAAACAUUGGUAGAUGAUUUGAAAAAAUUGUAAACACUGCCUUGAAAAUUUAAAAUUUUAUCAAGAGUAAACCGUCUCGUUUAUUUGAAAAACUGUGCGAAGAGAUGGGACAUUUCCAUAAAUCUUUUCUUUUGCACACUGAAGUAUGUUGAGGGGCAAAGUGCUAACAAGACUUGUUGAACUCCAAGAAGAAGUCGCAAUGUUUAUGGAUGGAUAAAACUAUUACGCCAAAUCUUUGUAUGGCGAGUAGUUCAUUCUGAAGCUCACUUAUUUGGCAGAUAUAUUUUUAAAAAUGGGUUAAUCCAGCCUCUAGUGGCUGUCUCAUUGACAGCCGCUAGAGGCGCUUCCGCGCUUCUCACUGUGAUUUUCACAGUGAGAAGACGCCAGCGUCCAUAGGAAAGCAUUGACAAUGCUUUCCUAUGGACUGACUGAAUGCGCUCGUGGCUCUUGCCGCGCAUGCGUAUUCAGCCGAUGACGUCAGAAGAGGGAGGAGAGUCACCAGCGCCGAGGGAGCCUGGCGCUGGAGAAAGGUGAGUGUUUAACCCCCUUCCUCCCCCUUCAGCCCGGCAGGAGUGGGACCCUGAGGGUGGGGGCACCCUCAGGCCACUAUAGUGCCAGGAAAACGAGUUUGUUUUCCUGGCACUAUAGUGGUCCUUUAACCCCUUCAGGACACAUGACAUGUGUGACAUGUCAUGAUUCCCUUUUAUUCCAGAAGUUUGGUCCUUAAGGGGUUAAACACUUCUUGGUGCGGCUAAAGUUGAAGGGCAAUAAGAAAGUGCGCAGAUCUCCGGAGUCCAGACGGCCACUGUCUGCGCAGGGAUUUGCUGUUUGUUUUGUCCACGGUAUGUGCCAACAUAUUUUUUUUUUUUAAACUUGUUGUUUAUUGGUUUUCACAACCGAUAAUUAUAGGGUGGGUGGGGUAUGGCACAGAAAAAAGAAAUAGGUGGUGGUGGGGGGGCAGUCACGUUACAAUGAAUCAUAUGUUAGCAAGGAAUAUACAUUAACAGUUAUUUACAUGUAUUUGCAUUAGUUCAGAAGUACACAAUAAUCGGUUUCCUCCCUAUGUAUCUUGUUACAGCUAACCCGAACAAAUUUCUAAUUCCCAACUUGACUUGUAGUUACCCAUGUCCCAGUUUUUCAUAGUACCUCAAAGUACCUGCCACCCAACCGCUUGUUGCGACUAGUAUUUUGUUUUGCUAGGUUGUCUGAUGACUUAAGUAUUGUGUGUUGGCUGUUCUCCAGGCGCGCCACUGCUCCCACAUACCGCUAAGACGGCUGGUUCUAGUGUGCGCCCUGGAAAAGCUUGUUUCAUAAAUGGAUUGGUUGUCUAUGUUCUGGAUGAAGGUUGGGAUGCUAGGGGCCUCAGUUUUUUUCCAGAAUCUUGCUAUCAGUUUUUGUGCGGUUAGCAGGACAUGAUACAUUAGUUUUCUCGCUUUUGUGGGUAUUUCCUUGGGGAUAUCUAGUAAUAGAAAGGUCUUAGGAUCAAGGGGUAACUGAAUGUUAGUGGUUUGUGCAAUGAUUUUUUGGGUAUCUUCCCAGUACCUGAUUAGGCGUGAGCAUCUCCACCAAAUGUGGAGGACCGAACCCCUCUCUUGUUUGCAUCUCCAACACAUCGAGGACGUGCGGGGAUACAGUUUGUGUAUACGUAGUGGCACCAUAUACCACCGAUAUAUUGUUUUCUGGUGUUGCUCUAUAAGGUGAGCAGAUUUGAUCAGCUUCCUAGUGGAGGAUGUGAUAUUGGACCACUGGCUCUCUAUGAUGGAGGUCUGAAGGUCCAGUUCCCAUUGGCUUGCUGGCGUGGAGUCAGAGAGGGGUUGGUAUGGCAGGAUAAGCCUAUAGCAUCCAGAGAGUGGUUUGAAAGUCGGGGGUAGUUUGCCUGUGAUACCUGUUCGUUCCCAGAUUGAGAGCUCUCCAUUAUUAUUCAUCUCCAUACUGCUAUCUUUGUUACUUGUGUGCAGAAAGGAUUUAAGUUGAAUGUAUGAAUAUUGUGAUGUGUGUGGUAUGUUGUAAGUCGUAGUGAGACAUUGAAAACUCAUUAGUUCGCCCGAUUCAAAAACCUGAGCUAGGUGUGAGAUUCCCCUUUCCUUCCACGGCGUUGCAUGAAAGGUUGGGAUGCAGUAUGUUAUGGCUUCUAUGGGUGUUGCCAUUGAGAGGGGGUUGGCUGUCUCGAAUUUCCUUCUGUGUAUAUCCCAAAGUUGUAGCGCCAGUUGUACUUGUAAAGGUAUUAAUGGUGUGUUUGGUCUGCUCCGUUUGUGCAACCAUAUCAGGUUAUUGGUAAGAAAGGGUCUAAUAGCUAGGUUUUCUAAAGUUACCCAUUGUGGUCGGUUGUCCCUCACAAGGUGUGUUAGUAGGGGAGUUAGGACUGCAGCUUGGUAAUAGGAUUUUACGUUUGGAAAUGCCAUACCCCCUUGACUCACUGGUGCAGUUAAUAGUUUGCAAGAGACUCUUGCACGUCUUGCUCCCCAGGUAAACUGAAGCGGCUUAGACUGUAUGGUUUUAAAAUAGGAUUGUGGCACCUUCAGCGGGAGGUUUCUAAACACAUAUUGAAGUUUCGGUAAUACAGACAUUUUAAUAGCAACAAUGCGUUCUGUCCAAGUGAGGAACAAUUUUCCCCAACUCCGCAAUAAGGACAAGCACUCAUUCCAUACUCUGGUGUAGUUAGUUGGGAACAUAUCAGAGGCCUUUCUAGUGAACGUCAGGCCUAGGUAUUUGAUGUCAUUUGUCCGCCAUUCGAAUUGGUAAUCCUUGCGUAAUUGUGUGAGGACUUGUGGGUCCAAGCGUAACCCUAAUGCUUGUGUUUUAGAGGCAUUUAAGGAAUAAUAGGAGAGAUCUCCAUAUUCCUUAAUAAUUUGCAUUAUGUACGGUAGGGAGGUAUCGGGUUGGGAAACAUACAAUAGGAUAUCGUCCGCAAAUGCACUAAUCUUGAUUUGCUGGCCAUGCCAAUUUACGCCUUUGAUAUCGAGGUGAGAUCUAAUGGCUACUAGUAAGGGCUCUAGGGCCAGCACGUACAGCAAGGGAGACAGAGGACACCCCUGUCGGGUGCCAUUUGUAAUUCUAAAAGGGUCUGAUUUAAAUCCUGCUUGCAGUACCUGGGCCUUGGGGUGGGAACAUAAGGCGAAUAUUUGUUGGAUGAACUGUUGUGGGAAUCCAAAUAUCAACAAGACCUGCCUUAAGAAGGACCAGCCCAGGCGGUCAAACGCUUUUUCAGCGUCUAGAGCUAAGAGUAGCCCACCCGGGCCGGAUCUCCUCAGUUCCUCCAUAAGUAGAGAUAGUUUUCGGGUAUUGUCUAGCCCCUGCCUUCCCAUCACGAACCCUGUUUGAUCGUCAUUAAUUAUUGAAGGCAGGAUUGUAUGUGCCAACAUAUUUUAAUAGGUUUUAUUCCAAAUGGCUUUUGUCUUCCCCUUUAUCAGAGCAUUCUGGGUCUCUGAGCUAGUUAGCCCUAGGAAAUCGGUCCACGGGUACCCCGCAGCGUGAGUGGGUGAGAAUGAUGAAAAGCGAUGUUUGCUGUAUGUUGGAGUUGGACCAGUGAAUGUGGCUGCCUUGGUCGGAGAUAAUACAUAGGCUGCUUUGGUGUCACGUCAGGGACAUAAAGUGUGGAACGCAUCUGGGGAAAGACCAACAAGUUGAUGGCCAGUUUUGUGAGGAAGGGUUAGGAUUUAGUUGUUAGGCACUUUGCGCUGGAAGGGGGUUUCCUGGGUCUGUACACUAAGGACGGGGUAAAUCUUGUUGACGUAGAUUUUUUAAAUAUGGCUCUGGCGGAGGGUAUAGGAAAGGCAUUUUUUUGGGGGGUGGGGAAGCCCAUCAUGCUUUUGGGAUGGGCAUUGUGGCAGGAACUUGCCAAGUAUUCAGGUGAUUCGGGUCUGGUUUAUCAUUGGUGGCAAUGACUGGAGGGAGGUUCCUGGUUGGGUAUGGGACUGGGAACCUUAGGUAGGGGGCAGGCAUUUGGAUAUGCCACCUCCAAAUUGUUUUUUGACUGGGCACUUUUCUUAGCUUUGCAAGCUUUGGAUUUUGGUCAUGUGUUUUAAGUUUUAAUAUGUUUUGGAUCAUUGUCCAUGUGAACACACCUAUUUAUAGUUACAGGUUUUUCUUUACAAUGGUUUUAAUAAAUCGGCUGUGGCCUUUUAUACCCAUAUUUGGUGAUGUGUGUUUAUUUAUUACGGUAAGCUUAGCCCGAACAUCAAAGGUACGGCAGUCAUUAGAUUUGUUCCAAUGAGAGCUACAUACAAAUGUCUUCAAAAGCAAUCAAUAUUGUCAAUCAUCUUCUGUGUGCAUGAACAGUAUCUGAAAUAUCAAAUACAAACUGGACACCAUUUUGCGAAUACAGUCACCGGCCUUGUCAUCAGGUCGAUUGCCAGUAAAUAUAUAUAAAAGAAAUGUAGGUUUCCGUUAAUACCUGUUGUCCUUAGGGUUUACAGAAAUUGGUGCAUCCUUUUUCAAGUUUAUUAUUGUUACUUCAACCAAAAAACAGUGUUAUAAGAAAAAACUGGUUUUGGUCAUUCUGUGUGGAAACACACACCCACCCUUUCAAGCACCGAGGCCAAUUUCUCCCGACAGCCUGAUCAUCCUCAGGAGAUAUCACUCCCCAUUACUGGAGUGGAAAGAAUGUCAGCAAGGAUAGGCUGAGGGGAGGACAUGGGCAUCAAAAAGUGUGGGGGAGAGGAGUACUGCCAUUGGCUGUUUUUCACCAGCAUGCUGUGGUGCUGAUGCCAACUAUGUUACGUUAUAUAAAGGCAGUAUAACCAUAUCAUCUCACUGAAUUGUACUAUAGUGUCUAAAAUCCUCUGGCACUGUCCCUCCAUUCAGUGUUAAACCAUUUAUGAAGAGUUUAACACUAAAUAAGGUCCCUGACCACCCACAGCUCAAUGACCCACACUGGACGUAUGACUAAGGCAGAGAUUACACACUUUCUUCUAGUCAUGCCAAUUUAUAUCAGCAAUGGGCGCUAUGAUAGGCUAAAACUGGUCAGCUGACACUCAGCCAAUUACAGCUGCCCACACAGUUAGUACUUGUCCCCAGUUUAAAUCACAUACAUAAUCAUUCUGGUUUAGGCAUAAUAUUUUACAGAGGACUGACAGUGUGAAAACCAUAAUAUGUAUAUGUGGAUCAUUGUGGCAACCUUACCAAGAGUCUCUCUUUCUGGCUAGAGCAAUGGUAAUUGUUCACAGUGGGUUGAUAGUUGCGAUUCAGAUGAUCAUAUAAAACAAAACACUUAAGUGGAUAAUCUGUGUUCAUCUGUGAACAAUUCUCCAGUUAUAUGCAGAGAGGGGAUAUUAUCCACUAAAGCAUUAAGGAUUGAGCAAUACCUAGAGAUUGCUCAGAAAUAUGUAAGUAAUAUUCUUUUUUUCAACGCAUGAUUUUUUCUACGGAGAGCACUGAGUAACUCGACUAGCUACCUCCGCUAAUUUCCUUCUUAGCCAGACUGGAACCUUGAGUGAUUGUAGCUCGUAUUCCCCCAGUAACUAGACGAGAUAUAGUUCUGGGAGUCAUCUGGUUUAUUCAGGCAAGACAAAGUGUCUGGGAGAUAAUUGAGUCAAGGAACGGUAAAUCAACUAUCUCUCCGUUACAGGGAACCAUACAGAAAAUAUAAUAAAUUCCCUAAAAGCACCCCAGAUAUUUACAGGAACCCCUGAUGUACUAUAUCCCCGGAUAGCCUGGAUCAGAAUGCUCCAAGUUGUCCAAAUAUCGCUCAUAUCCGUUCAGUGGAAGAGAAUCGCCACCAGGGUUCUGACCGGCCACGAAGUUGAACCCCAAAAUAAUUCCAUAGAAAAUGGGGCAGCGGCCAGUCAAUGUUCGGGAGUUCCUGCACGAACACCAAAGAAGGCUCCCACUGGCCUUUUGGUAGCGAAUGCUCCCCCUAGUCGAUGGUAUCUUUCUCUCUAAGAGCGCUGUCCUAGCUGGUCUGGGAGCGGAGCAGGCAGCGGUUUAGUUUCCCCGAUGUUCGCGAGGUAUUGUAUCCAAAAAAGGGUUCCAGGCGCUCGAUGACCAUGUCCUGCUGCCUGUAUUCAAAAAUGGCUCAGACUACGUGCGUUCGGUUAUGCAAAAUGGCGGCCACCCAUGGAAAGCACAAAUUAAUUAGUUCCUUUGCAGUUAACACGCCAGGGGGUGGUCGGUGUUUGGUCUGUAUAAAAAAGGGAAGAGGGGACAGGGUGCAAUGGCCAUUCAUGUUUAGCCUCCUGGAAGAGUGGAGAUUCCCAGCUGCUUAUAUCCAGGCCAUGCGCGCUCUAUAUACAAACCUGUGAGCCCAAACCCUGAUUGCAGUGGCCACAAAGACCCCCUUCCACCUCCAGAAUGGAACACGCCAGAGCUGCCCAUUGUCGCCACUGCUAUUCGCCAUCUCCUUAGAACCGCUACUGCAGGCUAUACGCCAACACCCACACAUACAAGGAAUACGGGUAGCAGAGAAAACCUUCAAAGUAUCAGCGUACGCAGACAACAUACUGCUGACUCUCACAGACCCCCUGACCUCCAUAGGCCACAUGACAUAGAAACAUAGACAUAGACUGUGACGGCAGAUAAGAACCAUUCGGCCCAUCUAGUCUGCCCAAUGAGAUGGACCUGUUGGUCACGUAUGGAGCCCUAUCGGGCUAUAAAGUAAACCUCAACAAAUCCAUGGCACUGCCAUUUCACCUCCCGGCCCAGGAUAGAGCACAAAUAGCUGAAAGAUAUCGCCUACCCAUCACUGCAGACAACAUACCCUACCUAGGGGUUAGACUCACGGCGCAACACGAACACCUACACAAGACUAACUACUCCCCACUGAUUCGCACACUGCUGAGGGACCUGGAGCAGUGGACAGACAAACCCAUCUCAUGGCUAGGCAGACUCCACUUAGUCAAAAUGAACAUUCUCCCCAGAUUACUGUUCAUGUUCCAGGCCCUACCCACACCGGUUAAGAGAAGCGACCUAUUCACACUCCAAAAAGCGACUGACAUGUUCAUUUGGCAAAAGAAACGACCCAGAAUAGCUAGAAAGCUCCUAUAUCGACCCAAGGACAGAGGGGGACUGGGUCUGCCAAACCUGUACCUAUACUACCUAGCAGCGCAGACGGCGCAAAUAGCAUAUUGGCACUGCGUGCCUGACACCCAACGAUGGGUGGAGCUUGAAACCUCACUAAUGGGGCAAGACCUACCCCAGUUCUAUCCAUGGUUGCACAAGACACACAGAGCACUCCCCAGGAUAACCUGCCCGGCAAUAACAAACUCCUUAAGAAUCUGGGAUCAAAUAGCAACUAAAUACUCUUUAAGUAGGUUCCCCUCCCCAAUGACCCCCGUACUCAGGAACCGAUCCUUCCCACCAGGAAUGACAACAGGCGACUUUAGGGGCUUGGAGAAGGCAGGUAUCCAGAGAUACUGCCACCUAUACAAAAACGGUCAAGUAGUCACAUACGAUCAGCUCAGGGAACAAUCCCCCCUAACAAACAGGGACUUUUUCCGCUACAUACAGAUACGAGAUUUUGCUAGCUCCAAAGGAGUCAAGGAGACGGCCACCCUCUCCCUCACCUGGUUUGAGAACAUUUGCUAUCAGGAAAAACACCCCAAGGGACUUAUCUCAUUACUAUACUCACACCUUAGCGGGGAAGCCAAAGAGUGGGGGGAGCUCCGAUACACGGACCAAUGGGAGGCAGACCUGAGAGAGACACUGGAGGGCUCUGACUGGCAGGACAUAUGGGAGGCCACAGCACAAUCAUCCAUAUGUAUCACCCUCAAAGAGCAAUCAUUCAAAACGCUUUUCAGAUGGUACAUCACUCCACUAAAACAAUUCCGCAUGCAGAUCACUCCCACUGAUCUCUGUUGGCACGGGUGCGGGGAACAAGGCACAUAUGUGCACAUGUGGUGGAAAUGCCCCUCAGUACAGGCUUAUUGGGUUCGAAUCACCAACCUAAGCUCGAACAUAUUGCAGAGGCCUCUACGGUUAGACCCCUGGGCCUGCCUCCUCUCCAGGCCAACAGAUGGCCUCCCACGUCCAGAGCAACAACUGUUAAACAUGAUUUACCUGGUGGCCCGAAGGGCACUAGCGCAGAAAUGGCUCUGCCUGGAAACGCCCCACAUGGCACUAGUGAUAGCUAAGAUAAAGGAUAACUACCAAAUGGACAGGUUAACCUCCCUGGUCAGGCACACCACCAAAAAAUAUGGCAGGACAUGGGAACUAUGGGAACAAUACAAGGAGAAUAGGGAGAGUGGACAGGGGAACCGAACACACACUCAGGGCUAAAGACCAAAGCGCACACGAUGAUCCUCGUCCGAGCUGUGGAAGCCGACACGCCAACUCACAGUAUACCAGACCACAACGAUUAUAAAGUUUUGGUUAAUGUAUGACUUUUUAAUGUUCGUUAUGUUACCUUUAGCUACCAAUUGUACCAAUUGUAUAAAAAUACACCAAUUGAAGUGACACGUGACCUCACAGCGAGCUCUAUCAGGCAACUCAUGUAGAGCUGCCCUAACAAGCCACAGGGCGUCAGAUGGUCUACAGAACAAAAUAGAAACGGUAAUAAGCAUAUAACUAAACAUGAUGUAACAUUCGUCUCUUAUGUAUAAUUGACCCAUCUGAAAACGUACUGCGGCUUCUGCGCAAGCCUACACAGCAUCAUAAAUAUGCCCCUCUUUUGUGGCUUCUGCGUAAGCCUAUACAGGGUCACAUAAAUGCACUUCUUUUUGUGAAAAAUAAAGAAUUUAAAAAAAAAAAAAAAGGGAAGGGGGGUCCCCAUUCAGGAGCCGAACCGGGUGGGAUAACUCCCAAACAUAAUCAAGUUUAUAACGGUCAGAUAACUUUACGUUCCGACACAAGGACUAUAUUUUGUGUCCUGUUUUACAUGAUACUGCUGACUACGUUUGACUGAAAAAAAUCGGAAAGUGGGUAUUUAGAUAUUUUAGAGCCAUUCAAGGCUCUGUAACAUGUGAGUGCAUAGACAAUAUACUUACAUUAUUAUCCUGAAUGGACUUACAUACUAAACUAUAUAUUGUUCCAGUAAUCUGCUCUGUGUUUAAUGUCUUGGUGAGGACUAAUAUUGAGUGUAAGAAGAUAUUCCAUAUAUCCUCAGUUGAGGAUUGUUCCGCCCAGGCUAAAUACCUGAGAUCUGGUGUGAAGUUCCACAUAAUGUAAGUGGCUCUUGUGGACAAAUAUAUUAACCCAAUUCAUAUUAAUAAAAUGUCUAUUUACUCAGCAUAACCACAAUCAGCAUUAUUCAACCUUAUACGUGAUUUACCUAAAAUGGACGCUAGGGAGUUUCCCUUUGACAUCGACUAACACCCUCAUUAACAAGAUGGCGCUGGAAUCUGGGUGAGACCACCAAGAUACCAGUGAUAUCACACCAGGUGCGGAAGGGCACUAAAUGAACCACUUAACACCUAACCAAUUAUUGAUGUAUUAUUCCAUGUUAUCUCUGACAAUGCAUAUGAUGUAACUUUAUAAGAGGCAUGCCAUCCCCUCAGAAUAAACUUUCCUCAAGUUUUUCAUUAACCUGUGUCUGCUGUGAAUUACUUCAGGAGCGUGCACGCAUCUUUUUAAAUUUGGUCGGGGGCAGAUACGCUAGGUAAUCAAUUGAUUGAUUGAUUCCACAUCACUCUCCACACAUAUUUCAGUCCUAACAGAGAUAUGCUCCACUAUUGGAUCUUUUUUGUUCAAAUAUAUGUUCACCUGAAGCGCAACAAUGAACCUACUGUGGACAAUUACCAAAAUUAGUUUAGCAUAGCAGCAAUUCUUUCAUAUCAUGUGAAGUGCAGCUUUAUAUACCAUCAAUGCCUUUACCCAAAAUCAAAUCCCUUAGAGCCUAUUAGCAUCUACCAUUAAGUCCUUCACAUACACACUACAGAACUAUACGUGCAAUGAAAAUGUUUCGGUGUUGCACAUAUUGUCUUUUUGAAAUAUCUCCUGAAAUCAGCAGAUACUUUCAAUGUUGCAUUUAUUGGCAAUUAUUGAAAUGUUAGCCAAUCUCUUCUGGUCAACUGCGUUUAUGACAUCAGAAUGCACAGAUGACAUCGUAGAGUCAAUAUCCUAUAAGCCAAUCUCAGAGCGUGUUGCUUUUUGGUACGGACAAACAACUUGUUUUAACACAGAUAUACUGUUCGUAUACUUAAAUCAAGAUUAUUUAAAAAUAUGGAAUUUGAAGAAGGUGGGAAAAAGAUGAAGAAGGAGAAAGAUGAGAAUAAAAGCAAUCACCCAAAAAUUAAAAAAGAAAGUCGUAGACAUGCUCAGCAGAGAGGUCGGUCAAGGAACCGGAGCUAUAAGAGCCGGCAUGAAAGAGUGGAGGAGAGCCUAAAGAGGCACAGAAAUGAUAAGGAGGAAGAGGACAAAAUGCGUAAAAGGAGAAAUAUGUCCUCAGGAUUGGGUACAGAGCAGAGAGAGAGUAAAAGAAGAGAAAAACAUAAAAGGGAAAAUGAAGAGAAGUGUGCCCUGUUACCGUCUGAUUUAACUUACAGACGGGAGCUUGGCAGAGGGUCUUUUGGAAAGGUGAGUUACAGGUUUAGCUUCUACAGAAACCUAGUGUCUGUGAUUGUUGGGUUGAUUUAUGUGAAUAAUAGAAAAUAAUUUCUCCCCAAAAACAAAAAAAGAAGAGGCAGGGAACCAACACUACAAAAAAAGAAAAAGUGUUGUAAAUACUGCAAUGUGUUUUUGUUAUUUUUAUGGGUACAGGGAACUGGAGUACGAAAGAAAAUAUAUAGGAAUCUACUCUAAUGAUGUUAGUUUAGAACAGUAGAUACCAUUAAUGUAUGUACAUAUUACUCACAUGUGAUGGAGCACAUUGGAAUCCAUAAAUGCGCUAUGGAAUACCAUUCUUGAUUUUUAUUUCUUUGAUUAGUUAGUUCAUACUGCCUAUAUAUUAAAACAAUGAAAUAGGUGUUUCAUAAACACAUAUUUUUAUUAGCAAAAGCUGUCAGAAAACAUACAUGUGAAUUAAAUACUAUUGUACUUAAUGUAAGGGGAAAGAAAAUCCAAGCAAUUCCCUCUUUAACAUGUAAUCACAGAUAUGAAAAUCUGACUGUAACUGAGAGACUAUCAAGGUAGCUGCCAUCUCCUGCUAGGCUGGGACCCAACCUGUGGAUCUCCCCGCCACAGGAGGGGGACCGUACCUUUUGUUCUCCACAGCGAUUCUGACACCGUGCGAUGUGGCUCCGCCCCUUUUUAUGAUGUCACGGCUUGCCAAAAUGUUGAAAUCAACCGUUUUGGGGGUGUGGCUAUCUAUUAAGGGACCACACUAUAAAAAGGGCUCAUAAGCUUUGAAUCAUUGUCCUGUUGUGGUUCAAAGUUACUUUGUUCCAUAUGGUCUAUUUUCUGGUUUAUGAUACUUGGUAUUUAGACUUUGGCUCUGAUUUAACUAUUCUGUGUUCUCCUUUCUUUUGACUCAGCUUGUUCUUAUCACUUAUCCUGUUUUCUGUCUUCCUUGACCUCGGCUCAUCCCUCACUAUUCUCUGUCCUUGCCAACGUUAGCCCGGCCACUGUAAGGUUCGGUAUAAGUUUUCAUAUUUGCACUCUGUGUAUUGGAUCCCUGUGUUGUUCCUGACAGAGACGGUUCAAUUAUUAAUUCAUAAAAUCAGAAAUAUUGUGGACAGGAGGAUGGUUUUUCAGCCCAGUUUCAGACAAAUUAAUGGUAACUCUUCUCCCUGCCUAUAACAGGUAAUGCUGGCAACACUAAAAAACAAGAGCGCAAGAGUGGCUGUGAAAGUCAUCAAGAAAAGGCCAAUGAAGGAACAUAGGAUUGUUGAAGAGAGGAAUGUCCUGAAGAUGGCAGGUGAAUGCCCCUUCCUCUGCCCUGGAUUAGCUGCCUUUCAGACACCGGUACGGCAUUUUAUGUCUGUAGCUCUGAAGCCCUGUCCACUAAUUUGUUGAAAUAAAUUUGUCUGUCAUCUCUGUUGUCAGCCAUUUGGCCAAUAAUCUGUUUGAGAUGUCUGCAGGGUAAGGUUCCAUGUGUUUAUAAUGAUUUUUGUUUCUGUGUCCUGAACCAGGCCCACGCGUUCUUCGUUAUGCCACAUGUGAGUGGAGGCAACCUGAGCGAUAUCCUCAAGAAGGAACACUGCCUCGAUCGCCACAAAGUAAAGUAAGUAACAUAGCGACAUGAACAGUCCACAUCCUUUAUCUAGAACUAAAACCAUAUCCCACAAUUCAUAACAACCAACAUACACAUAUCUAAGCAGACCUUAUCAUUAUUAUUGGUUCUUUUAAACUGUUUCGCCUUUCCCACCAGAUUUAUGUCAGCAGAAAUGGUCUGUGGCAUCCAAUUUCUCCACAGACAUGGCAUUAUUCAUCGGUAUGAGUUUCCAUUUCUGUCUAUUCCCUCUUUGCUCUUUUUAACUCUGUAUCUGAGUGCUACUCAAAGAGCACCUUCCUUACUCUCUGUAUAUUUAACCUCUGCUCACUCUUCCAUUGCCACUGCCAUUAUCUAUGUAUUUUAGCCCUACUUCCUCUUUCCCCUGUGUUGCUUUCACCUUUUACUUCACUCGCUGUAAACAUUCAGUUCAUAAACUUUUUAAAUGUAUUGAUCUGCAAUUUCAGAGACCUAAAGCCAGAUAAUAUAUUGUUUGAGAGAAAUGGCCAUGUUAAGAUUGCCGAUUUCGGAGUGGUGGCAACAAAUAUAUUUGCAGGCGAGACUACCACGGGCGUGAUUGGGUCUAGGAUCUACAUGGCCCCUGAGGUGAGUUUUUAUCUAUUUGUACAGGUGUUUUAUACUUUUUACUAUGACAUGUAAAGCUAUUUGUCUUUAAAUAUAUAUCCAAUAUAAAUAUGAGUUUUCUUUUAUAAAACUUCCAGCAAUUAAAAGAUUGUCUGGAAUCAAAAUUCAUUUGAAAAUACAUGAGAGAAUGAGCUUUAUAUUUGAUUGGAUACGUUUUUCUUUUACAGGUGAUUUUAAACCAGGCAUACGGCCCUGCAGCCGACUGGUGGUCCUUCGGCUCGGUUAAUUAUGAGAUGCUGAGUGGAAGGCACCCAUUUUUCACCGGUCAGGAAAAAGAACUUUACAAUGACUGUGUGACGACCAUGGAACCCCGUUACCCACGCUCUUUUGCAGCAGUAACACAUGACUUCCUAUCUAAGGUGUGUAUUAGUUUCACCAAUUUAUAAUCUUUGAAGAACCAUUUUAUAUAGAAAAUAGAGAGAUGUGUUUCUGGGAACAUAUUAAGGAAAGAUGUUUAGGGAUGUUGUACGAAAAGUCAUAAAAUGUAGUCUUAUGUUCAGAUGCAUAGUUUAAUAACAAUCGGUAAUCCCUCGCUUGCUAAAUAUUUUUUGACAGCAAAAUUAGUUUAAAAUGUAUCAAUAAAUGCUAUAAUGGAUUACGUAGUCUAAAUGGUUCAAUUUAAUGCAUUUAUUACUCCAGCUCCUCACAAAAGACCCAAAAGUGCGCCUUGGGGUAAAUGGUGACAUCAGGGGCCAUCCAUUUUACAGUGGGAUAGAUUGGAAGAACUUGGAGGCCAAAAAAAUUCCUCCUCCGUACCAGCCACGAGUGGUAAAUAUAUACGAGUUAUUGAGUUCAUAUUGAAUUACCACUUUCUAUAGAACAUCUAGCCCUAUCACACAUUGGAACUCAUAGACAACAAUGGUAAUUUAAGGAUUGAUUAGAAAAAAAAAAAUUAGAAAAACUAUUCAGAUAUGUAAGGAGCAUUUGUAGAAAUCCAUAACAGUCUACAUUAGUUUUUAUAUUGAAAAGAUUUGUGUUUUUAUGAGAUGUAGUUAAUAGGUUGGCAAAUUUAUUCAUCACCUUCUUCUUACCAGAGAUAUUAAUGAGCAUUAUAAAUAUGGCCCAUUGUGUCUUAUUUAUAUAUGAUCAGAAUUAGUGUGGUAAUCAUUUCAGGCUUAUGCUGAAAAAAGCGAUCUAUUUUUAUUUAAAGGUUAUAUUUUCACAUCUUGAUUGCUAUCAUUGAUAAUUAUUUAAAGUGUGUGAUAUGAAUGUAAUUUGCCAUUACAUGUUACUGAAAUAAGAUACCCUUCCAUAUUUUUACAGUCAUAUGGCGACCUAACAUCUGAGUGCCGGGAGGAGUCCCUCUCAUUUCUGAAUGAUAGUAACACAUCAGAAUACACAGAGAACAUCCCUGGCUUAUCUUUCACCAGCCACAAAUGGAGGGACUAA